AGCAUCGGUGGGCGCUGCUGCAGUGUGCAUCCCUCUGUCCUCCUUUCCUCUUCACUGUGCAUCCUGUGCUCACUCUGUCUCUCUCUCUCUCGCUCUCUCUCUCUCACACACACACAAACACACGCUCUCUGUGUCUCUCCUCCCUCUGUUUUCCCCUUUAUACCCUCUCUAAUUCCUUCAUCCCUCCCCCUUUUUUUCCAACUUGAUCUGCUCUCUCUACCACACAGCAUCUCCCUGCCUCUCUCUCUCUCUCUCUCUCUCUCUCUCUCUCUCCCUCUCUCUCUCCCUCUCACUGUCUCUCACACACUCACUCUUUCGCCUGUGCUCCGGCUCGAGCACAUGCAGACAGAAGGAGAUGGAAGGAGGGGAUGAACGAAGCGCACACAUGUGAGGAUCUCCUGAACUGCCGGGCCAAGGAGGAACUGGUGAAGAGGUAGUAGAAGAAGAGGAGGAGGAGGAAGAGGAGGAGGAGGAACAGAGGAAUACUGCAGUGACCAGCCAGCUUCUCUCUCUCACUCUCUCUCUCUCUCUUUAUAUUUCACUCUCUCUCUCUCUCUCCUCCUCACUGCUUCACUGCUUUCAUCACCCAGUCUUCUUCAUCCCCUUCUCUCCCCCUCUGCCAAUUAUACCAUGAACCUACCUGCUGCUUGUUGCUAAGGGGAAGCCGACCGAGGAGAGGGCAGAGUGGACCAGGCGUUAUUUUGUUUCCAAGGUAAUACAAGCUUCAGUAAUGGCAGCUGUCAGGUGUCACAGAUGUUGCAUUGCACUGGGCUGCUCGCCUGCUGUGACUGAACUCACAGUCAGUGUGGCUCAGGGAUGUGUGUAUGUGUGUGUGUGUGAGAAAGAGAGUGAGGCUUGCUCGGUGCAUGUUUGUGUAUGAACUCUGGGCAUCUAUUUGCUUGUUUUGUUGAGCUCUGCUUUGCUAAUACGAGAGUGUUUGCAAUAUCCUGCCUCGUCUCAUAAAUUGGUGUUUGCUUGGAUUUGUGUUUGAGCAUGUGAAUAGAAGCACACAUGUACUUCACAAGUGGGCAUGUUGGUCCUCUCUCCCUCUCUGGUAAGUGUGUGUAUUUCACCCAUUUCACUGUGGCACAAGCUUUCAGUUAACAUCUUGAAUCAGCCCUCUGAGGAGUUUGAUUUGCAUGCUUGAGCAGCUCAAUUUAGCGGAAGUUGCUCUCUAGAAUCACAGCUUCCUGUCCACAGGGGACAGAUCGCCACACUAUUGUUUCUUUUAAAAAGCUGCUUUGUAAUCUAUACCGUCUGCCCUCCUAUAUGGCCCUGGAGGGGAGGCGCAAAGAUUAGCUGUCUAAUGUGCUCAGAGUCUGAAAAAGAGCACAUGUGUCAGCCAAUGGGGAGCCCGCACUCUGCACUUCUGGUGGCAAUAACAAACACUGAGGCGAGAGCGGAUGAUUACUUAUUCAAUCAUGCGCAUCACUAUGCUCCAUGGUGUAGUAGAUUAAAGUGUUCAACAAUGGUGACAAAGCCACCUCGCGUGUCUGCUUGUGUGCUGGUGGUAAGCUGAGUUUUAACAAUACAAGCGUUGCCCCUCCCUCCCCCAGUGCCAUUAUCUGCAGAUGUUCCAACUUGAAACACCGCACAGCUUCAAUUACAUAAUUCGACUACUUCAAAUCCCAUUCCAGCAGCUGGCCCUUUGCAAGAUGCAGCCUGUUAUUAAUUCAGGAAAUGUAUGAAGGUGACAGUAUGAGUGUCACAUGAUCUGCUAAAUGAACACCCUUUAAUAACUAAAUAUAUUUUACUUCAUAGGAGGGGCUAUUUUAUGAAUUUGAAUUCAUGUAUUGGUAUAACAGUCUAAUCCAAACCCCCAUUUACUUUCCUCCUCUUUGUAAAAUACUAAAGCAUGGUGUAGCCAGUUAAAUACACACAUGUGCUUUCUUUGGUAAAGGGUAUUCAGGGCUAAGAAGGCUCUCUGAAGCCGAGGCGUCAGCCCAGGUUAUGAAUAUCCUGAGUUAAGCAGAAUUAAUUCUCAUGAGGGAGAAGAGGAGGGAGUGAGGUUGGGGGGAAGCAGCCUGUAUAAAGAUAUGGGGACUGUGCAGAGGUUGUAAAUAAUCCCUAAACAGCAGGUCCAAAAGCAAUAAUGCAGAUAUGAGGAAGUAAUAUGAGAAAUUCAGCCAGAUCGAAGAUAACCUUCAAAUGUUUGCAGCUCAUUAAGGCAACACAUACCAAACCUGACAGACACAGACUGUAUGAAACAUGGCUGUAGCCUCUGAUUGGAUACUGCAGGGUGGUUCUGAAGCCCAACAAUGGAAAUCACCACUGCUGACUCAACCUUACUUGGGGCAAAAGGGUGUGUCAAGGUGGGCCUUUAGCCUCUGUGAUCAUAUGAACAAUGGGAAAGGAGAAACAUUUGCUCAAGCAAAAUUAGGAUAUGAUAGAUGUGUUGUUGCUGUUGGUGUCCCUGGGCAGGGAUGACCAUUCAUGGAGGGAUUCAAACUCUGUGCCCCAAUUUCUGGUAAUUCCUGCUUUUGAAUAAUUUCUUCCCCAGUUUUAACCAGUCAAAACUUGAAAACAGUGGAGAAUGCUUUCAACAUUGCUUUUUUCGGUCGAUUAAUGUCAUUGCUAAAGCUGUUGCUGUUUUAACCAAUGGAAAAUAUCCUUAAUGCACUGAGAGUCCAACACUGAUUUGUCUGUCAGUCUUCCUCAUAGUGCAGCUGUUGCUCUGCUGGCACAGCUUAUCAUACUGAAAGGACCUGCUGCGUAACGUCAGGUGGGCCAAGUGUGAUGCAGACAAGCUUAGUUUUCUUUUCAAAGCACCAGGCUACAAAUCUGCUGUGUUAAGCAAACACUGCAUGAGUCCAUUUCCAGCCCCAUAGGCCAAAAUAGUUACACAGAAAGCCAUAUUAAAAGUAGACAUAGCAUGGGCUGCUCAGGAUCAGGAGAGCACUACAACCCUUGUGUUUUGUCUUCAUUGGCAUUAUAUUAUUUCGUGUCCCUAUAGGCAGGAUGGAAACUACUUUACUUUAAGCAAAUUUUUAGAGCUGUUUAUCCAUCACUUUUAGCAAAUUCUAUCGGUUUGAACUGUUUUCAAAUAAUGAUUUGUUUUUACUUCACUGUGGUUUUUGUUGUACUGUAGAAACACUGUGGUGUUUUAUGCUUUGGGUUUGACUUUGUAUCUUAGUUAAUAUUCAUCUUACAUCAGCCUACCUGAGCUCUCUUAUCUUUUUGUGCUGUGACAGGCGUCUCCUUUCUGAGGAGGCAGCUUACAUUUUGACAGCUGAAUGUCACAACAAUAAAGGCUGUAGAAAUUAUGGUUUCCAUUAUGGGAGAACAGAGAUGCUGAGUGAUGCUUAUCAAAUCCUAUUUUAUGUUCUUUCACUGACUGUUUUUGGGCUGUUAUAUUCACGUAGUUUAUCCUUUUUUGGACAGGACUGCGUAAAAAUGGCAGAGGGGGCCAAAGAACCAGUGGGUGUGGGCACCACCGAUCCAGAGGAGGACUCCCCGAAUAUGAUCGUUUAUAGGAAGGUAAGGCUGGCUCCAUAUGUGUGUGACAGUUUGUGGCCUAUAGGUCGGGAGAAAUACUGGCUGAAAAGCAAUGACCCUUAGACCGGCUGCUGACAGCCCACUGGUCCGUGUCAGUGUGUAUCUAGCACAUACUGGUUUCACUGUCAGGUGUCAGGGAGCCUCUGUGUCAACCAUCCUGAAACAACCACAGCGUUAUCUCUUUCUCCCGGUCCUUUUCCCCUUGUCAGGACUCUCUCCUGUAGCAUCGCAAACUCCAACCAACCAAUAUUUUAAUAAGAUCUCAUUCCCAUCAGUGAGGGUUUGGCCUGUGAGAGGUCCUUUAAUGUCAAGGGUAAUUAUCCCAUCCCCAUGGCUCCUCAUUCUCAAUAGCUGCUGUUUGAUUGGAGAGGGUUUGCAGUAUUGGUGGCUAAUUACGAAGAUGUUCAGUGUUUGCUGGAAGCAGCUGAUUCUCCAGGGCUGGGAAUGGAAACAGCCAAUCAGCUGGUGGUUAUUCCUCCUCAGCUGACAAGUAGCUUGUUAUUUCUCUGCCAGCACUCUGACAGCCCACUUAUAGAAAAAAGCUGCUUUUGAUCAGACUCAAACCACAGGAUCCACUGCUCCCACCAAGCCUGCUGUCUUGAUUAUGGGUAAAAUGUGCGCUAUAAGCAAGAUGGAGUUGACAGAUCCUGUUCCACUGUCCUAAAUCUGCUGUUGCGUUCAGAGUCUAAUGAUUGUCCAUUUUAGAAAGCAGCGUAAACAGAUUAGGGGGAGGACUGGUGAGACUGGAUGUGAAAUCAAUCUCGACAGUGGCUGCAUUGAGGGUUAGAGUUAUGUUUCAGGCACAUUGUUGCAUCUCUGUCCCACAGCUCACCUGUAAAAACUGUCAGGAUCCUCUUAGUGCGCAGGAUCUUGAUAAAUCUAUCAUGUUACUUCUUAUAAUGAUACUGCUUUAAGAUUAUAUGAUACCAAAUAGUGUCAAAAGCCAGAAGUUUGCAGCUACAAUACCAGCAGUGAAAACUCCAGCUGCUGGUUAGCAGAGAAAACUUCUAGUUUUGUGAGGAAUCAAGAGAUGAUAAUCAAUGAUCCGAUCAGAUCAGACAAAUGGCAUCGAACCCCAAGGUCCUGUCAGUCAAAAAUAUCUGAGUGCUGUCUGUUCUGCAUGAGUUUGUGUGCCUGUUCUACAUGGUAAUGCACACAUUGUUUAUUCACUCUUCUCAUUAUCCUCUGUGUACUGUAAGAAGCUGUCACGCUGCACAGACAACAUGCUGCGCUUGCAUGAAACACCGGGCAGCUUCGUGGAUUUCACAGCAGAGCCUCAUUAUGUAACGCUACACAUGCCUGCAGGCGAUGCAUUUAAACAGGGCUAGUUUUUGCUUGUCAGGAUGCUGCCUGAAGAAAUAUUCAUUUCAUGUUUAAGUCAUUCGCAGCGACAACGGACAGAUGAUUCGAGGAGUGACAGGCCUUUUCUGUUCCUCGUGCUUUGAAAAUGUGGGUUUGGUUUGAAGCCUUUGAAGAAGACAGCUGUAGCUGAGUGAGAAAACACGCAAAACUAAUAAUUAGAGACCAGAUAUCCUUUAGUAUCUGCUCUCAACACGCUGAAGUUUAAAUGAAUUGACUUGGGGGUGUCAUUUUCUGAUAUUUGACCUCAGUUCUGCUCACUCACUGAUGUCGCAGAGGUCAAAAGAUAGGGAGGCGCUGGGUCUCUAAGGGCAGAGCGCCCAUCGUUUCAGGAGUCUGUGGGUGUGCAGCCUGGCGCAGUGUGAAGGCGCUGCUUGCAGAGAGGCAGAUGGCCGCCAAUAUGCUCAGCCGCCUGGGAAAACACUGGCAGCUUCAUCCCAAAGGCCUGAGCUGCUGUCAGCUGGAAGAUAUCAGCAUCAUCCUGAAAGGAACAAAGAGGGUGAAGAGAUAAAAAUAAUCCAAAGUGUGGGCAGCACCUGUGUGAAAUGUAUAGAAGGUAAGAGUUGGUAUACUUAAAAUACUCCCAUAUCUGUAGCAAAAGUGUAAAGUUAACUGUGUAGGCAGCCACACAAAGGUGAGUGUGAUGUAUUUAUCCAUUAGAGAGGCUGAGUACCCAGGACUGGAGGAGGUUAUCUCUGUCCAUGCAGUGCUGCUGAGUUAUCCCUUUCUGUGUCUCUCCUCUUACGAAAAAAGAGGAAGUGCAACAAAGCAGUCCAAUAACUGCAGGAUGUCUUUCAGCCUCGAGAGUUUGUGGAUACAUUUUAGAGGGAGCAGAGGUGCGCUGCAGACAUACGGCACAUUCACAAACACAGGAUCCCACAUUCAGGCUUCUGACUCUGAUGUUUUGUUUGCGCUUGCUAUAUUUGGCAUGCUGAGCAGACAGAAAAAAAGGCGGGUAGAUGAACAGGAGUGGCACCAGGAGACACACAAUAAAGACAUUAAAACCAUGAUGAGACACACCACUGUGCUGGGAAAUGCAAUUAAGCUGAGGAGCGAGUCCACUUCGCUGCUCUGAAGAGAUGAAGCUAAACUCUGGAUAUCUGGCGCAUUUUGUCCUCUAAUUUACUCCUUUUUCUUUUCUGUGAUGCUGGGACUAAAAACUGCUCUUGAUGAUUUUGGCAGCCUGGUUUUUGACACACUUUUAAUUGUCUCCCAAAGAUUAAAAAAACCCAUCCUUCUCUACUCAGAGUGAGUUAAUGUUCCUGCUGUACCGCUUCCUCAGUUUUUCAGGUCAUUAAGUGUUUGACGGGAUAAGUCUUGGCAAUCGACGCAUACCUGAAGGCGGGUGUUAAAGUCAUAAUAUCUGUGGUGCAAUUACACAGAACUGUCAUCCAGACAAGUUUAGGAGCCAUUUGUGGGGGAAUAUUAGUAAUGAGCCAAGACAGGAGGUUCAGAGCACUAUUUGGUGCUAGUGGCCUUUGGGUGCAACUGUGUUAUUUUCUAGAUCAAUUCACUCUGACAUUUUCUCUGCGGGUAAAUGGGUGCUACAGUGUGGCGCUAUAAAAGCUCCAUCUCUAUGAGUUAAACUAGUACAAGGAAUCCAAUUUAUAGUCAUGCUAACGGCAUGGGUGUGAGACAGCUAGGAAGUUCAUAACUUUGAAACAAACAAAACUGUCUCUGUAUUUGUUGGAGUGUCAUUCACAUGUACUUGGAGCUUUUAAGGAUAAAGCCAUCUGACCGUGGUCAUGCCCUUGUUAUUGCAGAAAUAGCUUUUCUGGCUAUAUAUCCUGUUUGGGAUCCUUUUUGUUGAAGGAAAACUGCUUUACUUUUGGUUAAAAUAUAAAGUCUAAUCUGUAAUCUCCCUGCAACUCAGAAAAGUCACCUUCAUUGCAAACUUGGCAAAGACAGAAGAUGAUUGAUUUUUCUUUAAGAUGGAGCUGUGAAAAAGAUGAAGAUUAAAGUUGUUUUUUUUCUCCCCUUUCUUAAUUUUUUUUGACUUUUACAGACAGCUAAUAAUAAAAGCACUUCAAUGGCAGUUGUUUCCUCAAAUUGUCAUUCCCAAAAAGUUGAUCCUGAGCUUACAUUGAUUUUUACUGCAGCAAUGCGUCAAAAUGACGUGACUCAACAUGGGGUUACUGCCGGGGUGUGUACAUUAUGAUGAGAUUCUUUGGAGAUUUCAAAUAAUUAAUACUAGUAGCAUUGGGAUGUUAUGUACUAGGAGCACACACUUCUUUUGCAAUAAUUUAUACAAAACAAAAAAAUUGAAUCGGAGCAGUAGAUGUUUGAGAAACUAAUAAUUUUUUGGCUUGUCCCAUUGACCUCAAUGCAAUUAAACUGCACGUUUUAAUAUAUAAUCUAUCCUACAACUCUUUAAGCUAUAGGACACUACAAGGCACUAUUGUAUAGGGGCCUGCUGUCAAGUUUAUAGCCUCAGUGCGUUUCCCUGUGGCCCUAAUUAGGAUUUCUAAUGAGAGUCAGCUUUUUAUCGUUAAUCAAACUGCUCUUAAAGUGAUUCAAUGAUGCAGAUAUUGGAGCAGUCCCUGAUUAGUGAAUUGGUCUCAGCUGUGGGCCUGGCCCGGGGGGGGGGGGGGGGUUCACAGGUUGCCAUGGCAACUUGCAGCUGUUUGCCUGCGAAGAUAGACGCAUCGCAGGCUGAGGCAGUGAAAUGAGAAAAAGCUAUUUUUAGCUUUGGCGCUGAUCUAACAUUUGGGCUUAUUCUGACGGUAGCUCCUAUCGGGGAAAAAAAAGAAGAUGAGGAUGCUAGUGCUAAUGAGGAUCUGUUAGUGCUGAAUGUAAUAGCACAAACAGAGCGCUCACACCAAGCACGAGUAAAAUCAUCGUCUUGCUUAAUUCGUGCAAAUCUAGAUGCGUGAAUAAAUAGUAUUUACUCGCUUCAUUUGUGCGUCAACAGUAAUUUCAACGGUCAUCCCUGCCAAUUGAACUAGCGAAAUCAAGUGAUAGACAAAGGUUUAUUACAAUUUACCAGGUAAUCUGACCUCCUCACUUACUUGCCUCUAGGCAAGCUCCUUUUUAUUCCAGUUUCGGAAAUUGAAAGAAAAGAUAUCAUAUAACUCGGGACACCCACACACUGACAUGAUCAGUUUGUCCUCCAUUUAAGAUACCAGUGAACUACCGUCUGUUUUUAUACGUCACAUGGCAACCUUCGUGCUGAUUAGUUAUAGCGACGCGAAUAUCCGCUCAAGUUGAGACAAAUUCAACUCCCGCCCAAUUCGAGUCAUUCAUGCCACAGUGUAGUAGCGUGUCUUUACAUCGACUUAACAUGUAGUUCAUUCACGUGAAUGGUUUUACUCAUGCUUAGUGUGUGGAGACAGUUAGAGGCUCAGUAUUUAAACUCUGUAUGUCUCUUACACGAAAAAAAUAAAGUUUCAGAUAAUUUCAUGCAACUUCUCUUACUCUAGCCAAUGAUUUCACCCAUUCUGGCAUGAGCAUUCCACACAAUAACACACCCAUUAUAAUCUCAAAAUUUCUCCAAAAUUGAUCAUGGUCAUUGAACAGUGAGUGAUCAAAAUACUACAGGACCUAUCAAAACCUGGAUUAACACACCUAUAGAAUAAACUUGUGUCUAUAUUUUACAUUUUAAAUGGAGUCUCUAGGCUAAAAUAUGCUGACCUGCAUCCUGAAAAAUUGGUUUACAAUAGGGAAAAGUAAUAUCACAGCGAUCAAGCUGCACGUUUGAUGUAUAAUUUGUCAUACAACCCUUCAAGCUUUAGGAUAAAUAAAUGAUUAAUUUUUUUUUUUUUUUUUUUUUUUUUUUGGGGGGGGGGGGUUGAUGUUGCUCCGGGGACAAGAGGGGGGGGGGGGGGCAAUGGGUAUGGAUGUAAUGAGAUAAAGAAAAAAGAACUUUUACACUUUUGUAUAGGGGCCAGUGCCUCAGACUGUUUGCCCCAUGGCCCUAAUAAACUGUGUAAUCUGAAUCCAAUCAAUAACAUCAGUACAUCACUGGUAUUACUGACUGAACUCUGAUGAGUGUUUUUCAGUCAGAAAUUCUGCAUUAUUGUUUUUUGUCAAUGGCUGCAAAUGUAAGCUCUUCUGAACACCAUUCCUUGUGAUCACAUAUAAAAACCAUGCAAUGGUUGCAACUAGUAGUUUUAGGAAGUGUCUUGCUAAGGCCACUUUGACAUGUGGAGAAGGAGAGCUUGGGCUGACACUAAUAAACCUAUGUGUAAAUAAUGGAUUUGCCAAAAGAUCCUGUUUCUUGAUUACUUAACUUAAGCUAGCUUGUUAACGGUAGAGAACACACAAAUAUCUAUCUAUCUAUCUAUCUAUCUGUCUAUCUAUCUAUCUAUCUAUCUAUCUAUCUAUCUAUCUAUCUAUCUAUCUAUCUAUCCAUCCAUCCAUCCAUCCAUCCAUCCAUCCAUCCAUCUAUCUAUCUAAUCUUAAUUAUGAUAUCAGUUUUAAUUGUUUUGUGUCGUGACAUAAAUGCAACAUAAAAAUGAGCACUUCACAAUGUUGUUAGGCAUUUUGUCAUGCAUGUUGAUAUUUAGGUCAGAGUACUGCUGCGGUAACAAGAACAAUAGAGCUGUAAAUCUUAAGUCUUGCUGUUUCUGCAACCUUUCUCCUUCUUUUUUCCCCUCCUCGCUCAUCCUUUGUUUAGCCUUUCUUCUGCUUUUUACCGAUUAAUUAUUGAAGCUCAUUACAAGCAUUCCACCUUUAGAAAAUUCUGGUCCCCUGAGAUCUAAUCUCUGACCGUUCAUUUAUUCAUACCAGACACACAUAGUUUUAUCCAUGCGUGCACUUUAAGUGUGAAGAUGAGAAGAUUUAAGCAGAGAAAAAAUGAAAAGAUAGCAAGCAAAAUGCCAUUACAUGCUUAAACAAACACAGUAUUUCUAAGUUAGAUGGAGAGAUCUUUGAACUUGCAUGUGUGAUCAUGACAGUGUUUUGUUGCUGCUGUAGUUGCAGCUCUGGAGUGACUUACACAAGCUUAUCAUUGCCAUGUCACCUCUUCAGUUGGGAAGAUAUUGAAUCCUGCACAGCCUAAGUGAGAGAUGGCUUCAAGACGGGACGCAGAGGGAGUUUUCACCACUCUGACUCUGGCAGAUAGGGAUGAUGUGGAGACACUGCAAAUGUUGUUUUUAAAGUACAGACACUGAGUCUUCCUCGGAUGGCUACAGAAGAUGAAAUUACUGUAAGUAACAGCUUCCCACACUGUCCAUUCACCUACCACCGCAGGGUCUGACAGCUGGUCGGGUGUAAACAGCCAAGAGGACUGGAUCGCUCCAGUUCAGCUGGUCAGUGGGAAGCCCGCCUGCUCGUCUUUUUGCUGCCUCCCAUGACUCACUUUUUCUCUCUGAAGUACCCCUGGGGCCCAUGGAGGCUCUAUCUCUCUUCUCUUAGGUCCAGCUCUCAUACGAGGUGUCUACAGUUCACUAUUGGCUGUUCCUGUGUGCACUUAAGAUAACACAGCCUAGCUAAACACUGUGGAUAUCACUCCUGUAGUUGUAGGGAUGAGCUCUCUUGGUGUUUUAUCGCAUACAAGCAUUUUAACACCGUCUCCUCUUUCACCAUGGAAGCCUUUAUCUGCAGCGCUGGUAUGGGCUGAAGCAUCAGGGUCAUGCUGAAGCCUGAGUGCCUGCAUGCUAAGUGCCAGUGUGGGCUGCUUUCCUGGUUGGGUCAAUAAGAUAAAACAACAGUAACAGUGUAAAGCGCUAUCUCUUAUAUAACCAGCUCCUGUGCUGUGUGUUGGCUCGUCUCUAAGCAGAAGGACCAACACAUGAAAAUCCUGAAAGUCCACAGGAAAACAAAUCAUAAUUGGAUAGUAACUCACAGUGUUUUGGCAGCAUGUGCUCUUAGAUUAUUCAGCUCCUCCACAGAGAAUCACUAUGACUGAAAUAAAAGGCUUUUCUCCAGUGGGGGGGAUCUCUGUCCUAUGCCAGAGCCUCUGCUGGUUUCCCACCCUGUUUGCACAUUGCUGACCGUGUGCACUUAAAGCUGCACAUUAAAUAAUGCAGACCCUGUUUCUCUGCUUCAUAGAGCUGAGGAGUAAAGCUGCAUAUGCAUAGGGUGACGUUAAUAGGGUGCGGUAUGGUUGGAGAGGUAGGAGGUUCUGCUGUCACCACAGGGUCUCACUUCUGAACUCCUUACAAGUCUUUUCUCUGUCACAUCCAUCUUUGAAUCCCAUGUUACCUCCUCCUGUGGUCUGAGUGACAUCUGCAUGUCUACAGGACACUGAGCCAGCUCACUAUAGAGCAGCUCAGAUGAAAACGCCAGACGUAUGUAAAGAAUUACAGCAGCUAGACUCAAAGAGGAUUUCCACUUUGGAUCAACUUUCCAUUAACCAUCUUUGAUUGAUGUUUAAUACCAUCAGCGAAGAUGCUGCUGCCAGUUAAAUUGUUGUCGAUGAUGCUUUUAAAGAAUAAACUCUUGUGUCAUCAUGUACGGUAAAUACUAAUGGGUUAUUGGAACCAGCUCUGACAGUAGUGUGUUAAAAGCUGCUGGUCCCGGCUGCCUUGGAGUGACAGUCUGACAAGUUUGACAGCAGUGACUCGCCAGGCUAACUGUAGCCCUGCGGUACUGCUGACAAACUGGAUUAGAGAAAAAAAAGGAUGCAAAAGAGAGAACAGGCUUUAACAGUCUCACAUGGUUGUGUCACAUCCUUUGAAAACAAAUGACUUCACAGUAACAGAGACUGUAUUUAAAUACAGGUUUACCAUUUAAAGAUGAGAGUCAGGGUUAAGAAUCGGAUGGUGGGGGAAGAAAGUUUCACACUUUUGGUGCAUGGAUAGAAAAAGCCCUGCCCUCAUCAUACUUGGUUCUUGAUCUCUGGACAGACAGAAGUUUUUGGUUAGAUGACCUACAUAAGUUUUCUGAUGGUGUGAGAUGGGAAGACAGUCCAUUUACUGCCUAAAAAUCAACAACAGGGUAAAUUUGUGUGUGGGCUAGUGGAAGAAAAUAGAGGAGGAAGAGUACUGGAUCAAGAUUGGUACUUUUGAGGACACCAAAGAGGAUAGUGGAAGGUGAAGAGGUUGAGUUUAGACACUGAAGUAUCUGUUGCAUAAAUGAGAAGAAAACCACUUUAAAGCAGGACUAUAGAGGCCCCUACCCAUUAGGGUUAGGAGAAAAAAUCAAUACAGCAUAGUAUCACGAUAUUUUGUCUGGUGAUAUAUUCUAUCAUAUUGACCAAGUAUCGAUUUUAUUCUAAUUAAUUGUUAAUAUGAAGUCAAAUCUAUGAUAAUGGAAAAAUAAAAUCAACUGUCUGUCCAGUGAGGUUGGCAGAGGUGACAUCAUAGAGCAGGAGACAGUUACUGCAACAAAUAAAUGUAAGGUUUGCAAGAUGUGCUGCAUGAAAAUAAAAUACUGUGUAAAUAAGACAAACAUAAAGGAAAGACUAAUGCUAAAUUAGCUAAACAGUUAAAAAAAUUAUAUAAAUUACAAUGUAUUGUAUCGCAAUAUGAACUGUAUUGCAAAAUGUUAAAAACUGCAAUAAUAUUGUAUUGUGGCCCUAAGUAUCGUGAUAAUAUUGUGUCCUGGGGCCACUAGUGUUUCCCACCCCUACUGCCCAUUGUUGUAAUGUCAGUCAGAGUAUCACAAUCUACAGCAUCAAAGUGUAAAACAGUGGGAGUGACUGCUUUCACUCACAAAGGGUCACAUGAUUAAAACUGAAUUCUGAUUGUUGCUCUUCUCAGAUCGACAACCUCAAGCAGCUUUUUUCCACAAUAAUGUUUCAAUAGAGUGAUUCAAUAACUUAAAAAAGAACUGAACUUCAGGUCACAGAGUCAGCAUCUCUGUGGAAAAGUCGUCUUUGCUUGCAAACGUUGCAAAUACAUGGAAAGCCAGGGUUCAAGUAAACUCAAGGCAGUGUGGAAAAGAGAAAUGCGAGGUCCAGGAAAAAAGAAGUAGUCUCUGUGUGGAAAGUUUGACGCAGGGUACAAACUGGCACUGAAAGAGGGGAACAUUCACUGAUUACAGUUUGGAGGAAAAGAUUACCACAGAGAGAGAAAGAACACAAGAAAAGUCUAGGAGAACCUGAAACAGGAGAUGAGGUGGAAAAGAUAAAGGAAAUAAUGUGAAAUACUUUACACUGGCUGUGUAGCCUGUAAAAGUUCAAAAUAAGAGCUCAACGUGAGAUGUAAUCCAGGAAAGCUUUGAAACCUUGAAUUUUAAAAAGAGGAUAAAAUAAGGUCUGGUUAGUGAGCCUCAGUGUUGCCAUGUAAAUCUGUGACUCUUAUGCAUCCAAAACUCGAACCUUAUGAAACAGUAUUUACAGAAGCUUUGUGACUGUAUAAAGCUUUGUUCUUCUCUAAUGUUCCAGCCAGUUUCGCGUCAUUAAAUCACAAACUGCAGGAGCUAAUCCAGAGUUCACGUCACAUAGAGGCAGAGGAAAAUAGAUAAAUGUGUGUGGAGAAUGAAUCUAUAAUUUACUCUUACCAAAUUCAGAUGAUAAAAUUGUAAUAGCUAUAAUGCAUUUAGUAUGCGGGGGUAGGAUGGUUCAUUUUAUUUUGCCAUAAAAAGGACUUUAAAGGAAGAGUUAAAAACGAUGACAAUGAGGAAGUGGUUCAACUUUGCUGCUCAUGUGCACACACCGUACACAGAGGUGAUACAUAGGUUCACCAGGCCUCAUAUAUUAGACAUGACAUCCCAUUGCUCAAACUAAAUCAUUUUGUCCCCAGUGAAUCGACCCUUGUCCCACAUAUUAAAGUAACUUCUCUUAAAUAACUAGACCUCACUUUACAGACCCUGGAUCAGACCUAACACAGUCUCAUCCCAGCAUGCACUGAUCUCAUAUUUUUAAAAGUAAAAACAAGUCUGAUCAUAGUGACUAAAUUGAGAUUGGUUUAUUAAUUAGGAGCUGCAAAAUUUCAAAAGUUUCUCUAUUGUUACUCAUAAGUAAAAGGCCUAUGAUUUAAAAAACAUGCAUCUAAAAUCACUCUUCCCGAUUAGCUCUUCUUUGUUUUACGCAGUUAUCUUCCUUCUGCUCAGAUUUCAGCUGCUGUUUUUACUCUUGAACCUCUGGGGAUCUUGUCUAGAAAUGCUCCUCGCCUCCCCCUCGUCCUGAUUUCACACUUCUCAUCAAAGAAAAUGAGUAUUUUUGUCACUUCUGACAUUUUUUUUCUCUUUUCUUGAGGGAUGAGACUGUCCUCAAUACACUGGAAAGAGCUGAUAAAAUAUGGUUCUCUGGUUUUUCUGUAAAAAAAAAAAAAAAAAAGGCUUCAUGCCGCUUCCUGAUUAUAAGAUAUUUAACAUUUUGAUCUUUGGAUGCAUCAUUAGUCUGGUCUGUCUGUGCUCUAAAGCUAUCAGACGCUCUCAGGGAAUGAAAAAUAACAGAAAACUCUUUAGUGUGAUUUGUUCACACAUCGUGUUCAGAUGGAUUUUAAUUACCUCAGACAAAGAGGACAGAUGAUUUAAAAUUUCCUUAUAUAAAAAAACAAUGAAAUACGCUGAUGAACUGCAUGUUUAAUAACCUUGAGCUACAUCUGCCAAUUCACCAAUUUCUGUUGUUUGCUAUAUGAUGGGAUAUGUAGUUUUAGAGAUGAUCUCCUUUAAAAAUAGCAGCUCUGACUCACACAGACAGACAUAUUGUCAUGUUGAACCUCAGGUAGUAAUCGAGUGUCUGUUGCCGUUUUUGUGAGACUCUGUGGUUGUCUCUGGGCUUCAGCUGAAAGAGAUGAGUCACCCAGGACCCCAAUGUUAAUCUUCAUGUUCAAGUAGUCAGUCUGAGCAGGCCCCAAAAGCAUGAAACUGCAUCCCUAACACCACGUCAUCAGCCUCGAUUCCCUUCAGACCACCGUGACGAUGCAGUUUUUGUUUUUCCAGAUUAGUCCUUCUCUACUGUUCCCAACCUUUUAUCGUAAAUUGGACAAUGACUGAAAUGUCCCAUGGUGUCCUUUUAGUUAAAUACAGCUGCAGCCGAGAGCUCCAAACAACCCAUUUGUCAAAAUGACAGUGUCAACCUCUGCCACGCAGGGAGAUUUCAAACUGCAUCAAUAAUGCUUUUUAGGUUGGACUUGCUGAUAUGAUGUGAGUGAGUUAGGUAAUCGUGACAGAUUUUCUUCUUUUUUUUCCUCCUCUGCUUUGAAAAUAAUAGAAAUGUCCUUGUGGGAGACCUUGCUGUGUGGCAGUUCCCAUUUCCACUCCAAUCGCUUAGUCAAUAACUCACACGGCAGAGGCCAAAUCCAUAACAAAGCCGUGAUUACUUUCAUCAAACUGAGUGAGACAGUGAGGGAAAUGCUGGACCUGGACAUUUUACUGGCUUGUUUUGGACUCAGGAAACCAUUUGAAAUGUAUUUGAGGUAUGGUCUACAUGCACACAUUCACAGGUAAUCCUGUAACCUGUAUCUCCUACCUACCACAAUGAGAAACCCUUAUGAAUCCAAGCUUCCGUCAAAACAACUUGAGCUUUAUCUAUUUUAGCACUCCAAUACAAUCUAGCUCUGACACCACUGCAUUGACUUUAAAUGGAAAUUAGUCUUCAUUAAUGGAAAAGAGGGACGGUAGGAAGAGAGAGUCCAAGCUUUUAGUCUGGUAAUAGUCAUCAGAAUCAAUCAGGACGAAAAGAGAGAGAGGCAGAGCGGCAGUGAUGGUGCCGCAGUUGGGAGGUAACACAAGGAGAGGCUAACAUGGUUAUUCCCACGCUUCAGAGGAACAGCUGGCAGCAACAAGGAAUUACACAUUCAUAAGUAUGUGUUUUUGUUUUUCCACAGCAAAGGCUGUUGGUAUAGGUUUACCUGUGAUACGGUUCAACACCUUUCCUGCAAAAAAGAGAAAUGCAGUAUUCAGUUUCCUGCCUAGCUGGGGUCACCUCAGUGCACAAGCAGAUUUCUAUAAACACCCCAGUCACCUAUUUACCUGCCUUUGUUUACAAGUUUUAAAGCCCAGGCUUUAAAUAACAGGUGAUACUAUUAACUUUGUAAGCACUUAAGAGGCCAGAAAACCAGCAUCAAAUCUACAUUAUUAGAAACUUUGAUGUCCCUGUGGACGAAGCUGUCAUUGCUCAUCUUGUCCUCUUUAUGCUUAGCCAGACAAAAAAAAAACAGCUCUUGACAUUAGUUUAAGUCAAUUUUAUGAACAUCAAAAAACUCCUUAUAGGGGCUUUACAAUUAGCCAGCAUGAGGGACACUCAGAGAUUUCUACUCUUUUUGCAGCCAAGUUAAAAUCAACAACAAACUGAUAUCAACUCUGCAAAUUUAGUGACAUGAAAAAACAGCAUUUCUGGGAUUAUCUGUAAUCUGUUAUGUGUUUUUAAAAAAUGACAAAAUUUUCUAAAGAUAGUAAUCUCAUUACGGCUCAGCGGUGUAGUCAGUCGCUUAAGCCUAAUUCCAGGUCUUGCUGUCCACAUGGGAUAGUAUAGUAUAGAUAGUAAGGAUAAUAUGAUCAAUUUGGAUCCAGUCCAGGAAGUCCAGGGGCUGACUGGCUUUUGUAUUGAAGCUUUUGUAUCUUUAGAUAGUGGGAAGGCACCAGUUGAGCUCAGUCAGUAGAGCAAAGGUGCCCCAUAUGAAAAGGCAACAGUCCUUGUCGUUCUAAUCAGAGGACUGAGUCCCAGCCUUGAUGAUAUUGGGUGCAUAUCAUCUCUCUCUCUCUAUUCCCGCAUUUCUUGUUUCUAGGUCAAACUGCCCUAUCAAAUAAACGGAAAACCUGUAUAAUUAAGCUUUGAAAAGGAGUUCUGGCUGCACUUACAUGCAGGUUUCUGUUUUUAAGGAUAGAUAAGUUGUCAGGUUACCACUUAAAGCUUUUAGAUGUUUUUACAAUGAAUUGCAUUCUUCCUGGUUUUGCUCUCCAUAGAUGGUUUUUCCUGCACACAUACGAUAGAUUUCAUCAUGCACUUUGGAUCAUCAGAAUUUCUAAGUUAGUAAAACCCUGAGAUCAUAAAGAAGAUGCAUUAGCAGAUUUAAAGUCUGUAUAAAACAAGUCAGGGCUUUGGUACAAUCAAUGCAUGAGACUUUGCAGCAUAUUCUCACCAAUACAAAAAUGUCAGUGGCCACCUAAAGAUGGAUAUUCUCUCAAUCCGUCUUCAUGUUUUCAGUUUUAAUCAUUGAUUUUGACAGGGAUACCCCAUCCGCGGUCAGGGAAAUGCUUUCAACAUUUGCCUAGCAGAGGAAAUAUCUGGACAAUAGCAGUGCGCAGAGUCCUCCUGCAGGUGUGGCCGAGCACAUUGCCUUGCUAAAUUACAGCCGGCUGUCAGGCACAGAUAGCACACAGCUGAGGAUGGAAACAGAAAAGGACACUUCACUUCACUUUGAAAUAUGUUGAGAGGAUAUUAGAUCACAAAGCAUGCCUGGUCCCCUCUCUGGGAAGCUUAUUCAAUAAUUCAAGGGGGAGUGAUGGUUAGGUUGCAAAUUUGAGCUGUACAGACAUAAUAGAUGGUUCAUUUUUGGCUCCCUAGAGGUGAAAGAAUCAAAGAUUUAUGAGCAAAUUUAGUCACUGCAUGCUAAGUAAUGCCCUGGAUAGCACUGAGGGGGGUCUGUUGACAUUAUAGAUAAUCAAUUAGCAGUGAGUAAGGACUUGAAGCCAUAAAACACCUACUGUAUAGCUCACAUUUUACUAUCUAUUGAUUCUAUCUUUCAGCCAGUCUUCCACAAUAAGACUCUGUAACAUAUCCUGUAAUGAAACACUUUUUUUUGCCUGUGAAACUGUCACCUUAGACCUCAUUUGGUUUCCUUUAAAAUGCGGUUAGAGGAUGAUAAUUGGAUGACUAGCAUGCAGGGGUAGAGGUUGACAAUGUGAAGACAAGUCCGCUGCAGGUCGCUGUCAGGAAGACGAGCCCUCCCCCGCAGGCUUGAGGCCAUAUUACAGGUGUGUGUCGCUGCCUGCUGCCCCGUGGCACUGCGAGAUGAGAUUUUCCCGCCAUGUGUCACCCCAGCUGCCUGAAUUUCAUUACCAAUACCUGCCAGUUGGACGUAACAAGGCUUUAUUGCCAGCGUUUCAAAUCUGUCACCCAGCAAGAACAGGGGUUGUUUUCAUAGCACCUCCAGAUUGUGCUCCAAGAAAAUCUCCAAACGCUGUUCUGUAUUACACACACAAAAAAAGGCCUGCUGGUGGAAUUGCAGCUCACUUUUUGACAGCAGGUUCAGCAUGUUUGGGUUUCUAAAGAUCUUUAAGGGUCUACAUCUACAGGCACAUUCCCUCCUCUGCCCUCCAUUAGGCCUCCUUUCUCUUUCAUAACAACCCUUUUCACUUUGUCCUUCGCUUGCAGUAGUAACACUUUUCACCCUGAAAGCUUGACAGCACUCUUGCACUCAUGUUGAGGCAUCCAGCACAGGUAAUAGGGACGUCAGGUUUGCAGUAACAACAGUGUGAGUAACACCACAGAGCACAGAGAAGGAGUGCAGCUUAAUGAUACACAGGAGGGCUAUAGAAAAAUCUUUUCUUAUUCCAGGAGCCAUGACAGGAAAUCUAUGCAUUUUGAAAGGUCAAGGGCCUCGCUUACUCACUGGUUGCAUGUGAGCAUGGGAGCUCAUAAGAGGGAACACAGAGGAAAGACACAACAGAGGAAAGACAGUGUUAUUUUGAGCUGAGGUAGAAACUAUGCACAGAACUGCAACACGACGCCUCCCGACAGAGAGAGGGAAUUAGGAGCAGAUGGCGCUAAAGAAUGAUGACAUUAGAAAAAAUGAAGUCGAGCAUUACUUUAAAUCAUAACUUGGCUAAGCUGAUUAAGCCGGGACGCACCAUUUGGCUGCUUACUUCACACUUGACACCGAACACUCAUUCAACAGUUUACUAAUGACAGACUAAAGAACCAUCUGUGUCUGUUGUAAAGGAUGGAGCUGAGCACAGAUGAGAGACUUUCAACCUUUCACCACCUGCAUUUAACUGUUAGCACAGGAACACGCUUGGACAUUUCAGACCACUGGUCGGGGUGCUGGGCAUGUGUCUUUUGAGUACAUCGAAUAUCAUGCAUAUACUACAUCAUAGUACAAGAGUUGUUUGUAGCCAUCCUCUCCAUUGGCUUGAAAACAUUAUUCUUGCAAUUAUAUUUAAACAGGUUUGAUACCAUUGACUUUAUAUAUAAUGCAUGCAACUUUUGAAUUGGCAUAGGUUAGUUCAUCAAAAGCAAAUAUGAAGUACUGGUUAAGCUGCAGGACUGAUGUCCCACAUUUGCCUCCUAAAACUUCAUUCACUGAUAAGACGCCUCUGGUUGGUUCAGUCCACAGUGGAAUAGAUACCUGUGCUGAUUUGGAGAUGACACUGGUGGUUAGUCAGUAUCUUUACAUGCAGUUCACAGAAGUGGACAAAAUAAUCAUGGUGAAAAUAGGCAUACAGUAAUACAUGAGUUCAAAGUAGUAGUUCUUUAUUGGUCAUAAAACGGAGAAUAGACAAAGUAGAAGAAGCAGACUGCUAGCGGGCUCCUUUUUAAUGGCUUGGGUUAAUUUUGGUUUCAUUUUGGUUAAAAUCAAGCAGCAGCCGCCAUCAGCGAACUGCCUGGUUCAAAAGACAGUUUCAGAUUUGUUAACAAAAGGCUACCAUGGAAACAUGGAUCGGGACCCUUCCAGUCAGGGAGGUCACUUCUGGUAGAAAGUGUGGAGGUCAUGGUUUCUUUUUCACUUACUCUCAGUUAAACUAUUGACAGACAGCUUGAUUAGAGAGUAAAAAUUACCAAUUUUACCAUUUAAUUAAAAAUAUAUUAUGAUUGAAUGAAUGAAUGAAUGAAAUUUUAUUCAACCAGAAAAUCCUCAUUGAGAUUACAAAUCUCAGGCAGACAGCACAUUUACAAAGUUACAGACAGAUACAGACCUAACAACCAGCUAAGUCAGAGUCACAGAGCAGAACGUUUUCAGUCAAAGCACUUACAGUCUACUUCACCUUCCUCUAAAGCCUUAAAACAACAACAUAACGAUUUAUAAAAAAGAGAUGCAUCGAUUUCCUAAUCCCUCCUCUUCUUCCCCUCUCCUCUACUUUCCCAAGAGAUUAGUAAACUCUGUGAUAAGAAAGUUCCCCUCCUUUGUGUGAGACAUCAAGAUCAGGCUUGUGGGCCCAGAGAGAGGGGCAAGACAGACCUGGGCUUGAAGAUGCCGCCCGCUCUCUUCCUCUCUCUUUCCUCUCCCCUCCUCUCCUCUCUUUCCCUAACCCAAUUACCAAUAGGCCUUGAGGAAUGGGACCAGCAGGAGUGGCGUGUCAGGGGACCAUGCCGACAUCAAAGACAGACAGAUGGCCCUGAGGUUCACCUCCUCACACCAAUCUCCUGCAGAUAUUAUUAUGUGAUUAGUCGCUGCAGUGGCCCAGAUAUGAAGACCGAAUGAAGAUGUAUCGAUCGAGAAAGUGGAAAAGCUUCAAACUGAACUUAAACUCUGUGUCACCUCUUCCACACACAGCACCAGCCUCCAUGAGGCGCUGAACUCCUAAAUUGGCAGCAUCAGUGAGAGUUGUACCUGGUCUGAGGCCCACAUAGGGGCUUUAUACAGAGUGCGUCCUCACCCCUGUCCUCAAAAUAGCUCAGUGUUAUCUGCUGCCUCCCACCGAACACUGUCACACCGUUGUUGAUUUCCACUUUUACAUUUUAGCGGCUUACCCCCUGUCUUACAUAACAGGGAGACUUCAGAGGCUAGACUCAGAUUUCUCCCUAGAAGACAGCAGGCUGCAUGAGGAGAGAAAAAAAAAGAUAAAUGAUAGAAAAGUCUCUCUGCAAGGAACUUAGAAACUGACAAUCAUGCAGAUAGCAGCAGAUGCUUUUCCCUGCUACAAUCUGUUAGCUUUCUCUGCACCAAGCUGUCACAUCCCACCUCUCUCUCUCUCUCUCUCUCGCUCUUUCUCUCUCUUGUUUUUUUUAUCACUCCACAUGCAAAUAUCAUUCAUCCAUGGCUGUUCCUAAUGACACACUAGCAGCUGCAAGAAAACUGAACCUUGUUAGGACCUUUACAAGAUCCCACAUGCACUCAAAAUGCAGGUGGUGUGAAAGUGUUUGCAGGGGAAGUAGCCUGCCUGCAUGUAAAUGGAGUUAGUUAAUGACCUGUGGGGUAAAUUUUGCAAAGGAGUAAACUGCAGGUGAUAUGAUUCAACCUCUCCCAGGGUUUUGAAACCAAUUUCUUGUCAGUUUUUGUGUAAUCUCAGAACCUGAGGGCGUAUGUCUGACAACCUUAUCUGCCUUUGAAAUGAUGGAUGACGUCUUAGGUAUCAUGGCACAGGUGAGAGAUAAACAACUUUCAUCAGGCAUCUUUUUCUGUGCACAGCAUUGUGUUAGAUCAAGUAGGAAAUGACUGUGUAUUCAGAUCAAAAUCACAAUAAAAUUCCCCCUUUUAGGUACAUCUGCAAACUCUUCCACUCCUCUCCACAUAUCUGUAAAAGACACAUCAUUUUACCUUUAUUCACAUUCCCAGGGAAGCCCCUAUUCAUCUGUGCCUACUCAGUUUUACUGUCGAUAGUGAGUAACCCAGAGGCUUUACUCUGGCUGAUUUUGUUUGUUUGAACCUGAAAUAGAAAAAUUUUCUUUUAUAUUACUUGCAAUUAAUGGGUUUUAACUUUUGCCAAAGAAGCAUCAUUAUUAUGCAUUUUUCCGAAGGUAAUUAUGCAAGCUUUUGCAGGUGUGUGCUCAACAGGAAAGAAAUAGGAGAAAUACUUAGUUUGAUGAGGGUUGGACUGAUAAUUUUUGAAUUAUUCAGGAGGACUGAAAAUAUCAAAGCUGAUUGGCGUUUAUGAUUGGCAGAUUUGUUGACAAAUUUUGACCUUUUUUGUUGGUUUUUCAAGCAUUUUUGUCUUUAUUAGUUGGGAAAGCUGUAGAAAGAGAUUAAAUGUGGAGAGCAGAGAGCAGGGGAAGACAUGCAGCAAGUAGUCAUGGCAGGAAGUUGAACCAGUGAUCACCACGAUGAGGACUACGGUCUUGAUAUAAUGGGCACUUAAAUCACCUGGUCCUCAGUGCCCCUCAAUUGAUUGGUUUCUAUGAAGAAUGGUUUGUUUGCUGAAUUUGUUUGCAGGCAUCCGUUUACUGAGAUAUACUAUUGUUAGACAACCUUUGAUGAAAGCCAGGAUGUUGUUACAGUGGAUUGUGUUCCCUUUGCUUUUUUAACAUACACAUCAAAUCUGCUGAUUUCUGAUAAGUCAGUACUACUCAAACUUUCAACACACUGUAAACAACAAUUAUUUCCUCUUAUACCAAGAUUCAGUGAAAUCUGCAAACAGAGAUAUUUUCCAGGCCUCCAAAAGCAGCCAGUCAAAUGUGUGGCUGCUGAUACCCUUCAUUUCAGACAGUGUCUCUUUGAAAAGUAGCCUUUGUAUCUGCACAGGCCACUUUGUUUUAGAGUGGACUAUCUAUUCAGACUCCUGUUUUGCCUGCACUCAAGCCCUUAGCAACCCAUGGAGUAUCUAACAACAGACACGGACAAGAGGGGAGCUGAUCUUUUUCUGUCCUCCUUGAGUCUCAUCAACAGAAAGGUGACCUGAUGAGUCACUGUGGUUUGUAGGCAGGCCCGUACACUCCCUCUCUCUUUCCUGGUUGUAGUCUCUCUUAGCUUGGCAGCAAUUCCAUCUCUAUUUUGCUCUGAAGCUUUGAUUAUAAGAUAUAUCCUUUUGAUUUGAAGAAGCUUAUUAAAACCAAUUUUUUAAAGAAAAGAGUCAGAAAGCACAGACAACAAGGUUACCCCUCCCGUCCAAAAAGCCCCAUCUGUAAUUGUAAUUUAGUCGAGCUGGCUUUUUGCCCGUGCUGGAGCCGAACUUGACAAACUUUUAAUUGCUUCAGCUCCUCUUGCCUCUGUGUUGCCAUGGCAAUGGAGAAUCUAGGCUGACACAUGCACCCACCCAUCCCAGUUUCCUAAAUCUCCUCACUGCACCCACGUCAGCUACCAUAAGGGAACCUUGACUGGCCCAAACAAGCUCCAAACAGCCUCAUCAACACUCUCUGUCCCAACACAUGGGUCCAAGUGGUUAAACAGUCAGACUUUUCUGCAUCUGAGCACGUCUCCCUCGGGUUUGCUCGGCUUAGUGGCUAAUCAAGCAGCGGCUAAUUGGACUCCUUAUACAAUGUACAAUCGUGUACCUCCGGGCCUCUUUGUCAGGACAGGGUCUCUGUUGUAUUGUGGUCACUGGAGACAGAGAAACACCUAAAGCCUGCUGUGUGACUAAAUUACAGGGCCAGAUUAGAGGGAAACUUUUGACCAAGAACUAUGACUUGCAGAUCCUAUGGAAAUGCCUAGAUUUAAUCGUCAGACUCUGUAUUUAAAUGUAGAAAAUUCUGUUUUGGUUUUUUUUUAUGUGGUGUCUGUGUUGUCCAAGUAAUAUUGCACAACCAGGUUUCAGCAGUCCGCUCUGGAGGCAGUCAGUCUAGAGAGCAAAAUUAUGUGGACAAUAUCCUGGCUCUAAAUGCUAGUUAGCAGACGAUGAGUCAUUUAUCUCAACAAAAAUCACCAGGUAAAUACAGCCAACAAAAUAGUCUGGGGAGAAAAAAAAAUGCAACUCUAUAAAAAUAAAUCAGCGUCAUAUUGUUAUAUGAGCAAAAACCUGUUAAUAAGUGAAUCACAAGGAAAGUGCUUUCUCUUUUGUGUUCAUACAGAUGAAGUUAGCCAGAGCAAAGCCUCUGAAUGUGAAUCAGGGACUUACUGCAGAAGGAUGAAUGGGAGGUAUUCAUGUUGCAGACAUACUUGAGUUUUUGGUUUGGAUAUAUGAUCGCUGUAUGAUCCAGUCUGACAAGGAAGUCUUGGUUGUUGCUACUGGAUACACCGUAACACCCUGAAAAGUUGGCCAUCACCCCCAGAGGCAUAUCCUCUGAUGGUUUCAGCAGUCCGCUCUGAUGGCAGAGGCUGACAGUAAGAGGGAUUGAAUAUCCUCAGUGGAUUGCAAACAUGUUUACCAACACUCAACGUGCUGCCUCAUCCUUGAGAAAUCCUAAAGAAGCCAUUCAACCAAACAAUGCAAAGAUGCUCCCCAGCCACUUUACAUUUAUCCUUCAACAGACUUUCCAGGAAAUUAUGUAACUCAAAAGAGCCAGAUUGCAAUGAAAAGGAUUUAUUUUCUCCACGUCCAAGCAAUUAACUCAAAUGCAUUUACAAUACAUCGCCGCUAAUGAUUGCAGGGAUUACAAAUGAGCAGCAUUGGCAAAAGGGAAAAUAAUAGGGAAUAAUGUGCAUGUUUGCAGCUGCAGGACCUGAUGGGAAAACAUUUGUUCAUUACCGAGAAUGAAAAAGUCUUUUCCUGCGGGGCUUUCCUGUGGAGAAGGCAAUUGGGAUCAGAAAUGGAUCAGUGAAUAUGUGUCUUUUAGAGCCAUUAAGACCGGCUGAUGCCUCGCUGAUAUAAAAUAUUAAAGGCAGCAGGUGACAUUUCAGUUUUUUUUUUUUAUCAUUAAUGACAAGAAUUUGUAAAGCUUUGAGGCAACUGCUUAUGUUGUUGUGCAUGUAUUCACAUGUGCAUGGCCGUGUGCCAGCCUUUGAUCGAGUGAUUAAUUCACACAUCUCUGCAGCAGGAUAGGUUUCCAACCAUCACACUUGUUUGGCAGGGCUUUUCCAGUCUGCUGUGCAGCUCUUUGUGUGUGUCUGACAGUCACUUGGCAAAACUCAGAGAGUGAGAUGAUGGUAAGAGAGAGAGAGAUAGAGAGAGAGAGAGAGAGAGAGACAGGGGGAUCUUCUCUCUCCAGCAGGCUUUAUUCUCACCUCCAUCCCCCGGGCUCCACACACCAGCUGGAACUCACUUAAUUAUGCACCCAGUGUUGCGCAGAGGUCACAAUGGCACUCAGAAAGUGUUGUGUGAUUGGUUGUGUACUUUUGGAAGUUAUUUCCAAAUUCAAAGUCUCACAAGUUAUAGUCUAAGACAGAGUUUAUGCAAUAGAAUAUAAGCAAUUGCUCAGGCUUUUGUUGGAGUUGCAUUUAAAUUUGUGCGUGUACAGAUAACAGAGGAAAAGUUUUGACACAGUCUCUAUCGUCUUAUUAAGAACCAGCAGCAAUUUCUGUCUAUUUAAAAGCCGGGGAACAUUUUUGAUAUAUGCAAAGAUAAAAGUUGGCACAAUUUGAAAACUUUUUUGACGGAUGUGUUAUGAUACUUUGCCUUACGAUAGUACAUUUCUCACCUCUUUACGUACAAUAAUACGAUGACUAUCCGCAACCUGUAUGCACCUUCUGGAUUCUGCAUCCCAAGGGUGGUGAUAUGUGGCCUUUUGCAAGGAGCGAGUUCAUGUGUUUCAAAGCUAUCUGACCACAGUGCUGGAAAAUUAGUUUGAAACAUGUUCCCAAUUUUGUUUCAUUUUCUGUUUGCAGUGUCAAACAAAGGUUAUUGUAGCUAAUAUCUCUGUAGUUGCUUUAUGAAGUGUGUUGGCAACUCCACAGCUUAUAUCAGCAGUCGAAAUGAAACAAGGGAUCAGAUGAAAACCAUCCGUUAGUUUUACACACAGUCUUUGUCGCUCCUUUUAUUUAAGCACAACUUAUCAAUAAUGAAUACCUGUUGGAUUUUACCGUCAGGUAUUUCGUAGACAAAGUUGAUCAAUGUGAAAUAGGACACAAACAUUAAAAAUGAAAAACCAUGAUAAGUGCAAAUGCAAAGAUUAAUAAAAAGUAAACCUGGUCUUCUGUAAGAAAUAAAAGGACAAGAAAAUCAAAUCAAAGAAAAUCUAAUGCUGUAAAUAAACAAGAGUUGUAUGGGACAAAAAUGAAGAACCGAUCCACUGCAGAGGGAGCUUAGUAUGCUGCUGGUGUUCGACUAGCCCACAAGUGUCUGCAAACAUAAGUACAGCAAAGGACAGUCUAUAUGACAACUCACUCUGGGUGAGGGCCUGCUGUGUUACUUCUUUUCUGUUAGCCACCGCUCACUGUGACGAAACAGAUUCAGAGUGGAAAGCUGGACAUCUCGGCUCAAAUCCCCUGCAGCUGUCAGCUGUACAAAAACCCUAUAAAUAAGGACAAAACGGUGGGUGAAAUCUGCUAAUUUAGAGAGCUUUGAGAUAAAGGAGUUGGUAUUUAUAUGUCUGGAUAAAAAACAGUGAAUCUGGGCCUAAAUAUAGUAACUAAUUAUCUUCUUAUAGCCUCCGUCAUUGCUCACAUUGAGCGCAAAGUUUGAUGCAGUGUAAGAGCUGCAGUUGUCCUGAAAUUACACCCCACCUCCACACAGUUAGGAUGAACUGCUUUUUAAUUCAGCGUUCACAGCAAAUGUAUUCAAUGUUUUUGUGAUGAUGUAGGUGCCUGAAAGCAUUAAGUGCUUUGUGUUCAUCUCAGAAAGUCUCUGUGCCAGGGUCAGAUGAUUAAUGUCAUUUCAGACAGUAUUCCCAUGUUUUGUUGAAGUUUACCAACUUCAGAUUUAUUCAUUUUUAAUGAGACUCUAGAGGAUACAGUUGAACUGCAGAGACUCCUGCUGGGUAUUGAUUAUUUAGAUGACUGUGAAAUAUGUUGAAUACUCUCAUGGUGUGUGUCAGACAUACUUCAAUUAAUUUCUUUAAUGCUGAGGGAUUAUUCUCUCCCACUAGAAACAUAUGAGACUCCUCUUUCAGUUUAAGGGCAAUAUAUCAUAUUUCUGCGAAGCAGGAAAAAUCAGCCAGUUGCUCUUUAUUUAGAAAGCAUUUUAUAUAAUAAAUAAAGCUACUUUUUUGUAUGAAAUGGCUGUGUAAAAUACUUGAUUCUUAAUGGUACAUCAGGUGCACAAAGACACAGAAAGAAAUCCAAAAUAUUUCCCUCCUGCCUUUAAAAACUAUGACUAAAAAAAAAUCCCCUUUAGAUUGUAAAUCUGUAAACAUGAAAAAGAGGUGGAGCAUCCUGUCCUGCAAUCCAGGCUAUGGCAGUAGAGCUGGUAAGUGGUCCUUAAUGCUGUUGAUUGCUGCAGAGUUUCUUGAACCAUAAAUGGCAGUGAUAAUAGAAGGGAUGUUAGAGGCCAUGAUAUUUACGUUGUUUGCAUCCAAUGGUGUGUCAACCCAGAGAUUAAAAAAAAAAAAAGGUUGAAUGAGGACAGAAGUCCAAGCUACCUCGUCUAACAUUACCUUUAAUGGAAACGUUCUGUUUAGCAAAAUUUAUUAACAAAUAAGUAGGCUGGCAUUUGACCAUCAGCUGAAAUGUUCACUCUACCGUUUACUUGUCCUCAAAGUAGUGUGGUGAUGACCUGUCGCCAUGGGAUCAGUGGGGCUAUUUUUAAAUGUAUAAUGAUAUCAUUUUUCAUGAAAUAAUUCUUAAUCAGUAUUAUGAGUCAGCUUGUUAGUCUUUAGUUGGUAGUAAGUAAAGGGAAUAAGUUAAUAAAUAGCAGGUUGAAUUAACUACAGUCUAUUCCGGUCCUAGUUCAUGUUAAGGUUUUUCCUCACACUGUCAGAAGUCUAAUAAACUCUCCCUCACCUUAGAUUACCCCCCAUGUUUUCAAUGUGUCAUUGUAGCCUACUGAUUAUUUUCUGUAGAGUUAGAGUUUUACAUAACCUUUGACUUCAUUUGAAACUUGUUUCCAAAUAAUUUGAAACUUUCUAUAAUUUCUUCAUUUUUCUUGAUUAUCUGCAGGCAAGAAAUUAAUCUUCUGGACGAUCACCUGCACGUCCGUCGUUUUUCCCCUCGAAGACCCAAAUGUCUUUCAACAAUGACAAGUGAGCCUGAGCUGGCUGAUGACUGCUGAAUCAUUAAUGAUGCUAUUACCGCCUGAUACAUCUUUUAGGAGCAGCUGUCUCAUUUUGGAGGACUGGGCCGGUUUUUAAUAGCUUCGUCUGGGGUCAUUUUUGGAAAUAGUGGCACACGGUUUCAAUCAGGAGUGAAUGUUUCUGUACUUUUUUACCCCAAAGUCCACAUAACGCUUUACUUCGUGGUUAUUUAUGCCUCUGAAGCUCUCAUUUAGAUGAUUUUAUUUCACUUCAUUAAAUCCCAAUUAUAAAACCAUGUUACAGGAAGCAGCGACUCCAGAUUGUGCAGGCUUUUCUCGACAUUAAUAUGGAGAAGAUGCUUUUUAUUAACUCCAAGCCUUGAUAUUAUUGUCCUUCUCCUCUAGCUGUUCCUUCUCUCUCCCAAAUGUGACAUGAAGCGUGUAUUUCCUACCCUCUGAGCAUAAACGAUAAGAUGGACAAAUGAAAACACUAACAACCAUCGGGACAAAUUUGGCCACACGUGUUCGGCAGAAGGCAAACAUACGGUGGCAAGACACACAAGUGUUCUCUUGAUAAUCAUUUAUAGAGCUCAGUGGCGAGGGGCAGAGUGCUGUUAUCGCAUGCUAGCAGCAAUUUUCAGCUCUCAAAACCCCUCCAUGCCAAGCUGAAAACACCAUUAGCUCAUACACACAGGCGAUAUGAUGUGCACUUCCAGCGGCUGUGCCAAGUACUUCUUGUCUGCUGUCAUCCUAUAGGGAGAUAAUGAGUCAUUCUUUCUAUACUGCUAAACCCAGUGUAAGGUCCAUUAUUAGAUGAGAACAAAAGGACUUAAUCCGUUCCAUGUUGUUGUGUCUCAGGGGAUUUGGGGAGUCCUUCAGAGCUGGAUCGAACGGAGCUGAUUUCAAAGCUUUUCUCUCCUCUUGUUUUUGCGCGGAGGGUUCGUCUUCAAAGGGGAGAUUUUGAUGUCUCAGUGCUAAUCUGCCGUGCCCUUCGUGUAAAACUGUUUAUACUCACAUGUAGGCGAAAGCAGACCAAAAAUACCAAGGCUCUGAUCGCAACACAGAGGGCAAAUGUAGUCCCCCCCCCCCCCACCUCCCCAUGUGAGAGAUUUAUCAACAAGAGUUGAAGCAGUAAUUCUGCUCAGUAGAUGUUCAAUAAUUCAUGGCCAAGACGCCCGCUAAAGCUUAUGGUGAGAGAUAGGUAAUUGUCUUGCAUCGCAGCUCUCUCACCCUCAUCUCUGCUGUUAUGUGUGUUAUUAAAUCCAUUCACAUUUGGGUGUUUUGUUUUGGAUUUAUGGGCCCAUGUAUGAAUCAUCCACUUAAUGCUUUGCCAGCGAGGAUGAUUACCUUUGAUUAUAAUGGUGGUUGAGUAAAUGCGCUGUAACACUCUGCACUUUUCACUGGUUGUCCUCUUUUUACCCUGCACUGCUUUUCUAAAAAUAUUCUGGAUUUUUGGUGAACUACCAUUUAAAGGCAUAUUAAACAGCAUUUCUGGGUCAAAAUGGCCAAAAAUCACCAGAGCUGCAAUUAUUUGUGUUGUGAACUCACAUUAUCCUUCAUAUUUCAAACAAGGGAAAUGAAGACUUGGCUCUGAAGUCAGUCAACACCAUUUAAGGCUUUUUAACUGAAAUUUUAAAAAAGAUGAAGAAACCUCAUUUAAAAGAAACGUAACAUGAUGUCUUCCACCAAUGCAUAAAUUAUGUCAGAGUCAUAUCAGAAAGUUUCAUUGACUAUGUAGUUGUGAAAAAAGCAGGACUAAAACUUGCAUAAACUAGCACUAGUUCACCAUGAAAUCAAACCAUGCCCAUUUUUUCUGAUAUUUGAUUGAGAGAUGUCUAGAGGUAGAAAUUAUAUACUGUGUUUUUAAGUAACAAACAACACGCAACAUAACAUAACGCAACAUAACAAAACGCAACAUAGCAUAACACAACAUAGCAUAACACAACAUAACAUAACGUAACAUGGCAUAACAUAACAUAACAUAACGCAACAUAACAUAUAGCAAUAUAACAUAACAUAAUGUAACAAAACGUAACGUGACGAAAUGUAACAUGACAUAACGUAACAUGACAAUACAUAACGUGACAUAACAUAACAUGACAUAGCAUAAUGUGAUGUAACAUUAACGUGACGUAACAUAACGUGACAUAGCAUAAUGUGCCAUAACAUAACGUAACUUGACAUAACAUAAUGUGACAUAACGUAACAUGACAUAACAUAAUAUAAUGUAACAUAACAUAACGUGACAUAACAUAAUGUGACAUAACAUAACGUAACAUAACGUAACAUAACGUAACAUAACAUGACAUAACGUUUAAUGUCAUACCUCCUUAUGACACCUGAUUUGUUGUGUGGUAACAUACUGUGAUCUAAGCUUGUGUCCUAACGUUAUGUUAUGUUGAGUUACGUUCAGUCGUAUGACGCGUGAUUGUUCAUAUUAUACUAGGGUGUGCCUUAAUGUAUCCUAUCAUAAUGUCUCAUUUAACUAAAUGUAGUGUCAUCAUUUCGUAUGGCAAACUUUAUUGUAUUAAUUGUAUCAUAUUAUACUGCCUCAUAUUUUAAUAUUUGACAUACAUUUAAGUUGUUUAAUGUGUAUGCAUGUAUUUUCCAAAUUCGUUUAGCAUCAAAUUUGUUGUACAUGUUGUCUAGAAAAGUUAUAAUCAACAGUUUCGGCUGUUUUGGUUCUUUUGACAUUUUCCUCAUGGGACAAUGGUCUCAAUCACCUGUUUCAGUCUUCUUUGUAGCAGCCUGCUUUGUAUUCUUUGAUCAUUUUAACAUUCAGAACAAACUAGAUAAAUGAGCAGGUUUGCUGCAGGAGUUGACAACCUGUGAUUAAUAUGCAGCUCACUUUACAGCCAGUAAGCCAGAAUGGAGAAAAUUUAAGACUGUAAACUGGGGUUCACUAACUAGUAGGCUCCUUUUUACCCUCUAUGGGGGUAAUUUUCAACCAAAGACUAAUCACAUACUAACAUACUGUGAUGCUGUACUUGACAGCAUAGCAAUCUUAAGCUAAAUGCCGUUGUCAGCAUGUCAACAUACUUGUGAUGAAAGGGCCAACGUGCUGAUGUUAGAAGGUAUUAUAUUUUUCUUAGCUCACAGGGUAAGCAUGUUCCCAUUUGCUAGAUGGUACACCACACAAUGUUGAACAAAAGCUGGUGGAAACAGACAUUAUUUUAGCAGUUAAUUGAUCAAACCUAAAUUCUUUCUGAUAUAAAUUCUACGGCAACCCAUGAACUCCUGAGCUAUUUCAGGACAGGCUGACAGCACGGAUUAAAAUAGUUUAAUGUUGUAAGCAUGUGCAGUAUACUGAGUUCAAUAUUUUAGAGCCUCUCUACCCAGUAUGGAACUGGGACUUGCUUCUCUGUGUUAAAUGAUAAAUGAACAGUGAAGAAAGGCGCAAAGAGAGAAGAGGGUCCACAUUCGUGUGAACUCAAGCAGGCUGUCACGCUGUGUGUCUGUGAUCGUGACUUAAAGUUAGCUGUGUGUGGAAGGAUCAGAAGGAACAUCCAUUUCAGAUGACAGGAAACAGAAGAGGCUUUCCUGAAUCAGAGUAUGUGGAAGCCAUGAGUUGAACCCUGGAAAUUUACCUAAUCAGCUUUGUCAUACCUAAGAAGUGAGUAUGUACUGUAUGUGUGCAAGCAUCUAAGUGUGCUUAUGUAUGAGACAGAUGCUUAGGGAGCCAUAAAGAAUUUAAUAGCAAGCGCAUCAAACUUAGCCUACGCUGCACUGAGAAUGGUUUGCUGCUGAUAUUACAGCCCAGUGUGCAAAAUCAGGAUUUUUUUUAUUGAUUUCAAGCGGAACAUCAUCAUCUAACAGCACACAGUGCUCACGUCGAUACAGGACCUGACCUGGCUACUUCUGCUUAUAAAAAAACCUGUUCAAGGACUUCACUAAACACAGAUUCCUUCAAAGCAGAUCACAUGUCUCUCUGUGUGUUUGUGUUUUCAAGACUCUGGAUUGAUUUCAGUUUGUUUGCAUAUGAGUGUCCAUGUCCUUGAGUGGCUCGCUUGUUUACUCGUAUGUGCUCUUCCUUUCGUUGCGGCUGAGUGGCGAGUCGAGCCGUGCUGAGCCUAAUUUUAGGCUGCCAUUGUGUGUGAUGUGUGUGAUGUGUGUGUGGGUUCUCUGGCUGUUUUGAAGGUGUGAUGUUUAUCUCUGUCUCUAGGGAAUAGCAGUGGCAGCCUUUUUCAAUUGGCCCCAGAGCUUCUUACUUAAGCUGCCGUAACAGCUGUGUAAAUCACUCUGUUUUGCAGCUACUUUUAAAUACCUAAUCAAUACAUAUAACCUGCCUUGACUGAAGCCCCAUCUAUAUUUAAGACCUCAGCUUUAUGGGCUGAUUUCAGCAGGGUGUCAAGAGAUUGGUUUCCUUAAGGUUAUAUCCAAACCCUUCUGGAGAAUAUUUAGAUUAUUUUGUUUGAGACCUCAGGCACUAACAUCAAGAGAUAGAGUUUGGCUGAUUUGUGGGUUUCACAUGGUGUCACACAACAUUUGUGGCACCAUUUGUAGGACUGACUUGGGACCAGAUGUUAGUAAUUGCUGUCUACUUCGCUGUGCGCUAUGAGGAUGACAGAGUUUUAGGACCAUAAUAAUCAAGUCGAGAAUCUGACAACUAUAAAGCAAGCAACUUCCUCCAGGAGAAUGUUAUGAUCAUAAAAAAGAGCUGAAAGAUGUUAUGAUGUUGCACUUUCACCAUAUCAAAGGCAAAAGCAAGAUUAAAUUCAUAAAACAAGUCUGUUGAGCCUGAAAUCACUUCUUAUCAUCAAUUUUCUUUGUCUAGGUGACAUUCUUCACAAGCGAUGUACAGUUUUUUCUCAAAUUCAGGGAAUACUCUGUGAAACUUUGAUAAAUAAUGUGAUGAAUCAAUAUAAAUGAGUCAGUUUGUAUUUCUUGUGCACAUAUGUUAAAUUUUUCUAUAUCAAUAGUGGACAACAUAUCAGGCGAAAAAGCUCCAACAGAAAUCUGACUGUAAUCUUUAAACAUAAAAUUAUUGAAAACCACUCAGAUUGUAUCAGACACAAACAACGACUAACCUGUUUAGACCUUUAACCAAUAUAUUUGUCUGCCCCCUCUUUAGAUCGAAGACAUCGUGACACGAAUACAAGAUGAGAACGCAGGAGGUGUAUCCAUCCGGACUGUCAAAAGCUUCCUCUCCAAGAUCCCCAGCGUGGUUUCAGGUUAGUCUGUGUUCAUUUCUGUGUUUGUUUUUUCCUCUUUACUGCACACGACUGAUGUACAUCACACAUUUUCAUGUUAAGCAGUUCCUCCUGUGAUUCUUCGUAACAGGAGCUCUCUGUACUUGAUGUGCUGAUAAUUGUGUGUUUGUUUGUGUGCAUGUAUUUGUGUGUUUUGUUGCCUCACCCCUCCGAGACAGACUCAGUAAAGCAAAUAUGACCUUUUGGGCUCAUUUAAAUUGCAACUACUACUGUUGGAGGCGGAUGAUGUCUUUGCCGAUAAGACCUUAGCUCAGAGGAGACAGCCUGAAGUGUGAAGCUGCCCUUGUCACACCACAGAAAAGCAUAUUUUUCCCUCUCUCUCAACUGUCUCUUCCUCUGUGUGCACAUACUGUACUCUGUCAUGUGUCCGUGUGUGGAUGAGUCACCGGUCUUGGACGAGGGGGACACUCCCUCUUUCCCAGAGGUUGUUUCGGAGUCACUCCUUUGCAUGGUUCCUUCAAGCCAGAUGGCCUCAUGACCUCUCUGCAGCCUCUGCCAAUGACACAGGCUGCAGAAAUACUGUGCUGUCCAGGAUCAGUAAGAGAAAGGCUCCAGGGACUAGAAACCUCUUAACAUUACUUUGUGACAGUGAGUUGGAUUUGACAGCUCCAAACAGACAAAAUCUCAGUUGAAUUAUCUCUAUGAGGAGGCGCUUUUUGGGGCGAUGAACCAUGGCGUUUAUUUUUGCAGACAUCUGUAGAGGUGGCUCUGUUUUUGAUCUGAACCCUUAGUCCCUUCCCAAGUUGCCAAUUGAGACUAUUAAUAAUGCACGGAAAUUAUAAUCUUGUUCUUUCUGACCACUGGCCACAAGUCGAGUAAAGACCAAACACAAAACCUUCAGAUUUGCUUUUUACAAUUAUGCAUAUUUAUAAUUUCUCUGUAACUUUGAGACUUAUUAUUUGAAAGACAAUUUGUUAUUUUUGGUUCAGACUGUUCAAGUGAGCCUAGUCAUUUACAGUAAAACUGAGAUUCACCCAUGGCCUUCUGUGAAUUCCAGGUGCCGACAUUGUCCAGUGGCUGAUGAAGAACUUGUCAGUUGAGGAUCCAGGUAUAUUGCUGUCUUAGAUGUGACGCAUUAUAGAGAAAGGUAAGGAAUUGAAGGAGGGAGUGCUUUCAAAUCUGUCUGUUUGCCUUCUCUUGUGUCUACAGCUGAGGCCAUCCACCUGGGGAGUCUGGUUGCUGCACAUGGCUACAUCUUCCCCAUCUCAGACCAUGUCCUGAUGCUGAAAGAUGAUGGAACUCUUUAUCGUUUCCAGGUACAGAAAACUCCACUAUCGAACAGCUGCUUAUAUAUGUUUAAAGGCCUGUCAAUAUUUCAAGAUGACUGGGGGAUAUGUUUGUUCGCUGACACUAAUGAAUGGGAUCCUGUAUAAAGCUUAUUACUCAUCCAGCCAAGGUCAGUACUGUAUAUGUCCACAGAGGAGAAAGCGGGAUGCAGAAUGGGGCUUAACAGGCAACUCAAGCAGCCUGUCAGUGGGGUGUUAUUUUCUUGCUCCAUCUGAUCCAGUAUGAACUCUGACAGGUCCCUCUGACGGCUACAGGCUUGGCUCAGCUCUGACUCAUUACUGUGACUGACCCAUUAGCAUCUCAUUUUGGCAAGCCGUGGCAGCGGCCCCCCCCCCAAACGGGAGGCUCUGAGCUGGCCGCACGCUGGCUCUGCACUUUUCCCUGUCACCCAUACUGCCCCUCCCUCCCCCCCAAUCUACUUCUGAAUGCAUUUAUCCUCACCUCUACUGCUCAGGAUUAAAAGCCAUUAUUGUGCCUGCGCAGGAAGGACAGUGUGUGUCACACUUGCUCAUUCAGCGAGGGCUAAAAAUAUUCCCUCUGAUGUUAUCGUGAUGCAACAGGCCCACGUCAUCAGAACAUAUAAGAGUCUACGGAGCAUUUGAAAUGCACGGAUUAUUGACAGGGGAUGUGUCUCAGUCUAUAAAUAGACUCUAUCUCGGUGGAAGACCCAGAUUUAAUAACAACUCUCUUCUGUUUUCACAAAUGUGCGCACUUCCCCUCUGAAUCAAAAACAGCAGUGAUGAUGAAACUGUGUAAGAGCGUGAUAACCUAUUAGUUCAUUACAUUCAAACAAGCACGCUCAUCAGCGCCAGCUUUAGCUCUUAGGCUAAUUACCGUUAUGAAAAAUCUGUAUGAGUACCACCAACUUUUAAUUCUGCCCUGUUAUUAAGAAUGCAUGAUAGAUGUGAGUGAUCCAUAAUUAAUGGACUCUGGAAUGAACUUUGAAUGGAUAAUAUCAUUUUGCAAAAGACAAUUAAAUAUGGAUAGAAGGAAGAUAGCUACUAAUGUUGCCCUGAUAGAUAUGUGCCUCCAACAGACGUCAUGAAUCAUCGUCAACAAAAUGAGCUCCCCAUUGGCUUCUGUGUGAAAGUGCAAAGAGUGUGAGUGAAGAAAGAAAUGAAUUUUAACAUUCAUAUGAAAGACUGUUAUUAUUUACCUCAUAAAGCUGGUUUUAUGAGCAAAUAAGCAAAAACUGAGUCUGUUUUUUCUUUCUCCUUAUGUUUUCUCAGUCUCCGUACUUCUGGCCUUCAAACUGUUGGGAGCCUGAGAACACAGACUACGGUGAGUCACACACCGUCUCUGUCUUUCUCUUUAUUUUGAAUUUUUGCCUUUUUCUUCAAAACAGUCAGAUCUCGCCGUCGCUUUUGGCUGUCCCAUUUCCUCCAAAGCUGAAAGACAGCUCAUGCUGCAGAUCUGUUGUUGACACUCACUGAAUAUUGAUCCACGAGGCCAUUCCCUGUAAUGUAUCUGGCCCUGAGGAACCCCUACUAUAGAGAGUCCCGGGGGAUGAGAUCAGCCAAACAAAAUAAAGGGACAGUCACUGAUAUGAGCACUUAUCAGAUCUCUGUAGCUGAGACCUCUGUCACAUCCAAUCAGGAUCUUCUAUUUUUUAUUUAUUUUUUCACAGAGAAAAUAACCCAUCUAAGAAACUCUCCAUGUCUCGCUCUUUCCCUCUUUCCCCUUCAGCCAUUUACCUUUGCAAGCGCACCAUGCAGAACAAGGCCAGGCUCGAGCUUGCCGACUAUGAAGCUGUGAGUACACUGUCACUUCAGUUUAGCCCUUUCCAGGAAGCUCUUAGUUCAUUGUGCACCAUUAUAUGAUGACACUGAAUUUCUAGAAAAGCUAAAGAGCAAGAACAGAAACAGAGUCCACCGGGAUCCUCAAAUGCCAAAAUCCAUUUUCACCAGCAGAGAGCUUUAUCAAAUUACAGACUUUUAAACAAAUCUGUCAAAGUCAUUUAUUCUUUCAGGAGCACCAUUUGGCAGUAAACAGUGUAGUCAUUGACCAACCCCAAAAUAUGUGCAGACACAUCCAUAAGCCUACCUGGAAUCAGCAGAUCAAUACAGUCUCAGGAGGGGAAUAGCUGCAGUGCUUAUCUCCUGCUGUUAUAUAAAAGCCCUGUAGUUCAAUAUUCUGAAUUACUCUGCAACUAUUGUCCAGUACACUUCCUUUCUCUACCAGUCAGGUCUCUUUAUGACUUCAGGCCUUAUUGCUCUGUUUGUUUUUGUGUCUUCUAACUUGUACUCAUGAUUAUUUCUGUCUUGGUAGGGAGGCCAUGCACUGAUUCUUUAACAGAUGCUAGUUUGGGAUGGCACAUUAGAUAGUAGACAACUUUUAUUUGUGUGAAUUUGAGCUUUGUAACAAGGACAACAUGAGCUUGGAUUUGUUCAAAGAUAACAAAUAAAACCAAAAAAGAAAAACUCAAGAGCGCAGCUGAACAAAAUAUCUUAUCUUAUUGCUACAACAUAAAAGUCUGUCUUAAUAGCAUGUUGUUUGACCCACGACUUCAUGAAUGAUCCAGAGAUUUUUAAAAACUCUCUCUCUCUCAACAUGUUAGCUUGCGAGUGUUUUUAGAAAAUUUAGGAUAGGUUCAAUUUAGGACAAAGCUUUAGGCUAGAUUGUUCCCCGUUUACAGCCAUAGACUGUAGGAAAUGAGGGUGUCAUAGAAAUGUUUCCCAUUUGUUCACAUCAUUUAAGUUAUUACAUCACACUGACAACUAAGUAAAGUACAAGCCUCCCAGCCUAAAACUCAAACACUGCCUUACAGCGGCGGUUUAGCAACAUGCAUGCUAAGAGGUUGCCUCAUCUCUGCACCAGCAAUCCAAAGUCAUGACAUGCCAUCACUGUGAAUGGAUAAUGUAAUCAUCUGGGUGCCUUGAAUUCAAAUAACCUCCCCCACUAAUGGCGCGUCUGAUUGGCUCCUGCAGGAGAACCUCGCCCGGCUGCAGAGGGCCUUCGCCAGGAAGUGGGAAUUUAUCUUCAUGCAGGCCGAGGCUCAAGUCAAGUGAGUAAACGUGUUACUGUGACAUGUCACCACCUAAUGUCAGCGUGGCACACACUGCUGUCAGGAUACAGAGCUGAAGGUUUAUGCAUUCAUGUUUAUGAAAUUCUAACCUUAAGCUUCAUGCAUGACCAGGAUGUUCUUUCCCGGAGGAAGACAAAACACUUUUGUCACUUUGGCGUCGCACCAAUGCUUUCUCAUCAACAAUGCUGCAUUCUUAUGCUCUGCUUUGACCUGAGGGUUACUUACAUUACUGUAUACACACACACACACACACACACACACACACACACACACACACACACACACACACACACACACACACACACACACACACAAAAUCCUGCUAACUUCUUUCUCUUAGUAAGACUUCCCCCUGGUGGCUCUUAGGUGUAAGCACAGCAGUAAUCGCUCAUGUCAGCAAGUCAGGCAGACGCUUCUUUCACUGUCUAUAAAAAUCCUGCAGAGUCAUGCCACUGUUUACUGGCUGCUGUUGUGCGAUAUUGAAAGCAUUGAGACUUGUUGUAUCAAGGGAGUAAACAAUGCAGAACAGAGGCGGAUCAGUAAAUGUCGGUUCUGUCAGAGCUUCGCUUCACCAGCACUAAAACCAGACAUUGAUCGCUGAAGUAAGCUGACAGGUUAAGACACACACACUUUAGUAUUUUGCUCUCAAAUCUGAUUUGUUAUUGUAAUGUGCAUGGAUGUUAGGGGGCAACUCAAAUCUCCAGGCUGAUUUUUUUUCAAAUUGAUCUUAUAGUUCAAAGAUUUCUGCUCCAUCUAUGAGUGCUGUUUUUUGGUUUGUUCACAGGAUUGACAGGAAGAAGGACAAGGCGGAGAGAAAGAUCCUGGACAGCCAAGAGAGGGCAUUCUGGGACGUCCAUCGACCAGUGGUGAGUCAGGGCCAGAGCCAUGAAAAAAAAAAUAAAUAAAGGGGAUUAUUUGUCAAUAGUUGGCCAGCUUCGCCCGGAGAGAAACUGGACAGAGAAGUAAAUCAGCUUGGCUAUCAACCACCAUAGAUGGAGUCAACUUUACCAUGUUUACCAAGACUAAAGAAUGAGUGAUUAUGACACACAGAUUACUGUUGAUACAAGAAGAUACUGUUAUGAACCCAGAGAGGAAGAACAAACCCACUCUCCCACUUCAAAGCGACCCAAGACUCUUGUUUAGUCAGAGUCAAAUUUGUUGGCUCUGUGAGUGUGCGUGUACCGACAAGAGAAACAGCUUUGUGUUGAUGUAGUUAGAUAGACACAGGCGAUGCGUGCCAGAGAAGCACUGUUAUCUGACCCAGAAAUAACGCUCCAUGUCUCCUGCCACCUCCCACAGCCAGGCUGUGUCAACACCACAGAGAUGGACAUACGCAAGUGCCGAAGAGAGAGGAACCCACACAGGGUGAAGAAGGUGAGCAGAGGAGACUGAACUGCUGAGAUACAUGACAUUUGAGCUUCACUAACUUUUACAUGAUGAUCUCUAGUGUUAUGACAACUCCUCAUCCUACAGCCGUCCCACACAAGCCAGAUACUAAGGUCAUUAAUCUCUCAUCCGUAUAUUAAUGCACUUUUAUGUUCAGCAAUAAGAAUACUUUGGGGGUGCUGGAUUGGCCCAAUGGUGAAGUCAUGUGACCUACACUUAGUGGCUUUGAUCCUUAUGCAGAUAAGAUUCUCACCUGUUUCUCCAAAUAUUUCAAUAAAGUGUAUACUUUCAUUUCCUAGACCUGUGUUACAUAUAAAAAAAAAAAUCAUUUUUUAUUGAACCUUUAUCAAAGUAUUAAAGCUCCUGUGAGCAACUUUUGGUUUUGUGUCAGCUUUGGCGCCCCAUGUGGACAAAGCAGACAUUGCUUUUCCUGUUCUAUUUGAAUCUUUAGAAUCAUCUAACAAAAAAAUUAAUAAUAAUAAUCUUCAUUUUAAAAAUGUUGCCCCACCACAUCCCUAAGCAUACCAAUAAAUUAAGGACCUUUGAGACGUUAAAGGCCCAAUACACACAUCAUGAGACCAGUAUGUGAAAAGUCCAAUAUCACACAGCUGUUACCUGAUAUCCAUCAAACUGCAAUAUUAUUCUGUCAAGAUUCAUCAAACUCCUACUCUGGCACCAAAGGUCCAACACGCCUAACUUUCUGUCUCUUUCAGUCGGUCUACGGUGUACCAGACGACGGGCAGAGCCAACCAAGUCCAGUCCACAUCAGCUCUCAGCCCACCAAGAAGACCACCAAAGAGGAUGUUCAGAAGGAGGUAGGUGACACUGUGACAGCCCUCGCAGAGGCCAUUACCACAGUCAGCCUCACACAUCCAUCAUAACGACAGUCAGGGACACAGACUGAUGAGCUGCUCUCUUAUUUAGCUUCCUCAUUACCCUCUCUCUCUCUCUCUCUCUUUCUCUCUUUCUCUCUCUCUCUCUCCCUCCAUCAGAUUAACUUCCUGAACAGCCAGCUGGACAGACACUGUAUGAAGGUUUCCAAAGUGGCCGACAGUCUGAUGAGUUACACCGAACAGUUCAUGGAGUAUGACCCCUUUGUGUCAGCCACAGAACCUUCAAACCCUUGGAUCAGCGAUGACAUGUCCUUCUGGGACCUGGAGGCGAGGUGAGGCUGGAGCAGCCAUGUUAGGAUAGAGGCCAAACUCAGUGAGGGCAGGUAUACAGUAGCUCUCUGUGCAAUGUGAGAGAAACUGACUCUUAUGUUUCACUGUGAACAGCCGAGACCCCAGCCAGCAGCGCGUGAAGAAAUGGGGAUUCUCUCUAGAGGAGGCACUGAAAGAUCCAGCAGGAAGAGACCAGUUCUUGAAGUUCCUGGAGUCAGAAUUCAGCUCAGAGAACCUGCGGUGAGGUUCUUCUAGUAAGAUGUGUCUGUCUUUGAGCUGACUCAAUCAAUACUUUUAGAUUUAAUUUUUGAUCCCCUUUGUUUUUUAGAGAUAGAAUAAUAAACAGAAACAUCAGUAGAUGCUCUCACAGCUCUGCUGAUGUUGCCUGCAUUGCUGGACAGGAUCUAAUAUCAAGGAUAUCCUCCGUGGUGUUUAGCUCACUGGUUUAGAGUGCUAAUUGACUGUUACAGAAACUAAUGUUGCUACAAUGUUUGUGAGUUUGAUACAAAAGGAAAUUAACAGGUUUUGCCAUAGUGACAACAGACAGGGCAUAUUUGUGUUGCUUUUGGCCAAUCACAGCCAAGCUAUAAAACCACAUUACCGAGAACUACUAAUUGAAAACUUUCCACCAAUUAAGGACCAGCCCAUUACUCACUGAGUGAAUGAAACAGACAGCUGAUCAGCCAUGUUUUUGCCACACUCUGUUGUGUAUUGCAGGGAGGUUGUUACUAAUUAGAUUCAAUGCUAUUGUAGGUUCUGGUUAGCGGUGCAGGAUCUGAAGCGACGGCCACUUCAGGAUGUGUCCUCCCGGGCUCAGGAGAUUUGGCAGGAGUUUCUGGCAGAGGGAGCACCGAGCCCCAUCAACCUGGACUCUCACAGCUAUGAGCGGACCAGCCAGAACAUUAAAGACCCUGGACGCUACAGCUAUGAGGAUGCUCAGGUGCACUGUGGUGUUUCUGUCUCAUGGCUGAUUUGACAUCACACGUACGCUUUCACAGAUGCAUGAAAACACACUUUACAAUACUAAAAAUAAAAAAUAAAACAGACAGGGCCGGCACACCUGCGCCUGGAUACAAAAAUACGAGCAUUACUCCUCUAGUGCUGCGCAGAGAGCUGAAUAAUGGAACAAAAAGGUGCUGAAACUGUAGAACUAAAAAGCUGCUUUCACUGAGUUCAGAUGAGUUUCUCCUCUACCGCAUGCCUGUGUACACACAAACACACACAACAGACCUUUAUUUCCUUCCCCCGCAGUACCACUGAACCCCUCCACCCCACUCAUGUUACUGAAGUGAUUGAAUGAGAGGCCACAGAGGAACAGAAAGAGAGAGGAGAGAGGAAGAAUGACGGAGUGUGUUUGUGCCAGGGCCUAAUGAGGCGAGUAAUGCCAUGAAUAGGUUGUUCACCGUGGAUUCCUCUGCUUUAGAGUGGGUUGCUGAUGUGUGACGUGGAACGCCUCUCACUGGCAGGACAUUACUCAGCUCUGUCUCACACCAUGCAGUCGUUCAUAUCAGUACACGAAGUUUGCAUCACCUCCCCUGAAUCACAAACACUUACGACACAUUGCAUUACAACUUUAAGAGCUCAUUUAUUUCUCUACUAAUAGUUGGCCUCUUUUUGACCUCUUCCUCCAAGGCCGACUUGAACUUGAGCUUUUCUUUCUUUCUUUCUUUCUUUUGCAGGAGCACAUAUUCAAGCUAAUGAAAAGUGACAGCUAUGCACGCUUUUUGCGAUCCAACAUCUACCAAGACCUCCUGUUAGCCAGAAAGAAGGUGAGCUGCACUCACUGACCCUUGUGUCACCCCUUUCUUUUGUCACUGUCAAUGCAUUGCUCUUCGUGGUUUCAGUCUGUUUUCUAAGAAACUGAAUACACAUAUCAGGUCCAUGUCUGUUGUGUGUUGGUAGCUGAAAAUAGCUCUCAGGGUCCUACCUUGGUUGCUGAGCUGCAAUACUACAGCCUGCAAUGUCUUCAUAGUGGUGAAUUGUAAAAAGGCAUGUUUCUCAAACACAUAUCAUUGACUGUAUAAAAAGAAAGAUGACUCCACCUCCUCCCAUUGUAAAAAAAAAAGUGAUGCCAAAAUUCUCCAGAGAAGAGUGCUGACAGUUCGUGCAUUUGGAGGAAAGAUUAGCAGAUGAGUUUCAUGGUCCGAUCUGCAGUGUUGAUAUCCUGCACAUGAAGUUAAGUAAUGAAUGUAUCAGUGAUGAUCCCUCAGGAUGAAACAGACCACAGCUAAACUGAGUCUUGAGGAAGGUCUGGUGGUAGUAUUUGAUGUUCUCUAUCUUCUCUGCUUAUCCAGUAGACACAGUGCUGCAGGGUCUGCAUUUGUCAACAUAGCUGUCAAUCAUGACAUGACACAUCAUCACAUGAUACUAAAUAAUUCGGUGUAUUUAAUCACAUCUGUAAAAAAAGACGAUGUCUUAUUUUUAAGCUUUCUAAGGGGAAAAAGCUGAAACUCUGAACAAAACACUGAACAAAAUAAUACACAUGUACACCAAACAACUGUACAUGUCAAAGAUAAAUUUACACAACAUAUGUAUGUCAAAAACAAACAGAUUGAGAAGGAACAUAAUGAAGCAAAGAGCUUAUAAGAGCUUAUAUUUCCAUCACCAACAGUCCAGUUUCUGUAGGCUUUGUAUUUAACUUUUUUGUACCACCGGGUAGAUAAAUUUGCUCAUCUCAACAGUAAGAGUUAUGAGAUACGCUGACUGUGACUCUCACCAACAGAUGGUGCCUCACACUUCCCCCUGGUCACCUGUCCGAAAAUGGGGACAUUUUUUAAUCAAACAAGUUUUUUUUUAUAGAUUUUUUAAUUUGAACACUAUUUGCUUUAAAUGUGCUAUCAAGCUGUCAAAAAGUGGCAUCAAAAGAUUGAUUUACAGCUGUAUGUGUCCCAUCAGCAACUUGCCCAUUUGCUUUUGGGGCCCAAUCUCCCGGAUUAAAGCCUUUUUACAUGAAAAAAAUAUAUUUCUCUGCAUUGUGUACACAGUACAAAAUCUAUUCGUUGUGUUAGUCGGACUGAAACUGGACUUCUAGAAUACACAUAAACAUGUUUUGUCUAAAUGAAAACUCACUAAAUGAAUCUUUUGUAGUUUGAUGAAAGAGUUAUUGUGAAUAAAUUUUCCCUUGCAUGUAUGAUCAGGGUUUAUACUGCAGCCAAUCUACAUUUAUUGGCUUCACUCCAGGGUAACUGUUGUGUCAUCCAUCUUUUAAUACAGUCUGUGGCAUGUAUAUAUGAAAGACACGCUCAGUUGUGUACUUGUAGGUGUAAUCAGAUAAUGAAAUAAAAUGCCAGAGAUCAGGAAACUGAGCAGGAUAUGAUGAAAUUAAAAUCAGCCACCACCCUAAUAUGCAGUCGUAUGCAAAUUGAUGAGUUUACUUAACAUUGUUAUAUAUAUAUAGACUUGUCCAACAAAUAUAUCAGUGAUCAUUUUUUAAUAAUUCAGGAUCUUAGGGUUUUUACUUGAAUCCGGGCAAAGGUUUGCACUACAAAGCAAGUACAUAAUGUCAUUUGGCAGCAUUCAUUAACUCUAAAAAAGGUCUGCCAAUAGAUGAUUUGACUUUUUGAUGAGACAGUUUACAGAGCAGUCAAAGGCAAACCCACUGAGCUCAAGAUGCAGGUGCGAGGAAACUGCUAAAUUAUGUAAAAUGUCAAGGGAAGUGUUUUAAAAACAUGAUAUGCCAGUGCAGGCAAACUGCUGUGUCGCAGAGGAUCAAGCAGCAGAUCAUACAGUAGACAUGUCAGGGGAGGAGAGAGUAUGUCUCAGUGUUGUUGUUUUUUUAUGUCAACACAAUCUGAACAAAUGUAGCUGUUUUGUGUAAUCUAGAGCAUUUCAGGGAAUCACAGCUGCCUGUGUUCAUGCUAGCCUCUCUGCCCUCUCCUGUUCAAACACUGCUCCUCCUGCUGGCCUGUCACUGACCCCGCUCCAUUUUCUAAAAUUGCAACUCCAACAUUGUCCACGGCCCUCAUUUUUGCAAUGCUUGGCCUUCCCCCUUUUUUUUCCCCUCCUACUGACCACAUCACCCCCGUCCCCUUCGCUACACCCGUACCUGACCCAAACACUCACCCUGCUUCCCCCCCUCCCAAAACAGCAGCCAGCAGACACUGAGCAGGGCCGCCGCACCUCCUUGGAGAAGUUCACCCGCAGUGUGGUAAGUCAUUUGGAGCUGGGGCUGUUCAUAUCACAAACCACACUGGCUGGCUCACAAUCAGUGGCUUUUUAACCAUUUUACACUCUAUUGUGGCUCUUUGUAUCUGUAAUAGGAUGUGUUUGUGAUUAACAUGCUAGUUACAUGAUCAUUUAUUGUAAUUUGAGAAUUUGAGGUAAAACAGCACCAUGUCUUUGUGAGAUUUAGUGCGAUUUAUAAAGCAUCUGAGUCUUGUAAUGUGUUUUAAUUGAUCUUUCAGGGCAAGUCACUGACAGGGAAGCGCCUGACAGGCCUGAUGCAGUCAUCCUGACACCUCCUGUGCUGCUGGGGCACAGCCAGACCCUGUGGGGGGGUCGACAGCCGCACGGGGGCACAGACAGCGGAGCUGGGCUGGACAGGUCUGCUGUGGAGGCUUACAGACUCUGCUUGGUGGACUGCUGUCUGACUGGAAGCACUGCUAAAGCACUGGGCUUGAUGGGGACCCAAACAGGACAGGAAAAGAGACAACAGCGGCAGAGGGACGCCUCAGACAUCACACCACAUCGCAUGCAGCAUACAGUAUAAGCACAUUCAGACCAGGUCUGCCCUCUUUCCAUCACUUAGUCUUCAGACUGUGGACUAAGCCGAUCUGUUUGUGUUGUUUUUAUUUUAUCUCUGUACAUGUGUGUUGCAAAUUAAAAGCACAUAUCUGGUAACGUCACAGUAUUCAUUGAUACAUUUGCGGCAUCAUCUAUAAUGGAUUAACUUUUAGUAAAGUUGUCCAUGAUUUAGCUGGGGCCAGUCAGAUAUACUCAGAUAUACAGAAGGUCAAAGACGCACAUCAUCAUGACUGAAUACAAAACGACAAAACUCUGCAUACAAUGGUGUAAUCACAAAGCAGCCAGCAAUAAAUAAUGUGUUUGGCAAUUAUUUUCUGUUUUUAGGAAUAUAUCCAAACUCUUUUAUAUCUUUGAAAUUUCUAAUAUCUGUUCCUUAAAAAGCACAUGCCAUUAAAAAAAAAAAAAAGAAAGAAAGUUUGGGCAGGAAUCAAGAAUCCCAAGUCUGUUUUUACCCAUAAGCUUUACUGAAGAAGUUUGUGAAGGUAUGAUUUCCAUGCUUCAUUACAUUCCAAAAUCUGGCAGAAGGGCUUGAUGUAGCAUUCACACUGCUCCCUGCACGUGUCAGCAAAAAGCUGUCUUUGUUGAGGAUUAACAUUUUGUUUCUACAGCAGUGCUUUGUAAUGUCACUUAUGUGCAAAGCUGAAUUUAAUCCAGUUUGAAAAGUAGUUCAAUGCUUUCACGACAACCGGGCCUCCAGUUUAAAAAUGUUCACUCUGCACUAUCUAAUUAACAGAUUUGAAACGUGUGUGGGAAUAACUGAGAAGCUUCAACUCAAACACGGCCCACAUGGCUCUGUGAGUAGCUGUGAUUUGAGGUUUCACUUUAGUCACGCUAGAAAGAGCAUUUGCAUCCUUGUCAGGCUCCUUCUAGACCAGAGUAGGUGGGAGUUUCCAAUGCCAUGGGUCCAUCUAGUGGUGGUUAAACCGCAGGACCAGCAUCAGAGUGUUACAGGUCUGUGUGAAGCUGUGGUCACAUCAUGAUGUCAAAAGUAUUUAUCCUCCAUUUAUGGAGAUAUCACAAACACAGGCCUGCAGCCCAGUAAUCAUCACUUUUUGGCAGGGUUUGUUUUUACAGCAUGACUAUUUGAUUUGAUAUUUUAUCAAACCUGCCCACUUUUUGUUUGGCAAAUUGUACGCUGUGACUCUCCACCUUGUAAUCGUCGUGUGCUGGAAUGACUGUGAGGAAACUGGUGCAUGUUCUUUGACCAUCCUGAGUGUGAACUUAGGAGCAGAAGGGUCAAACUCCAAAGACAGACAUCUUUAGCAGAGCAACACUCCUCUGUGAGCUAACAUCAACGCACUGAAAUGCAACUGGGAUCACUGUUUGACCCGUCGUGGACGCCACACACUGACCAUGAAGACCUCAGCGCUCCACUGUGGCUUCACACUUCUUCUGCAGACAGAGAGCGAUUGAACUGAGAAGAUUGUAGUUUCAACAGCUCCACCAUGAGGCCAGUGACUGCUAUUGUGACACUGCUGAAUGAGUGAAUCAUUGAUUAUUUUCUAUUAGAGUCAUUUCAAUGCACUGUACAGGUCAUAUUAAUCCUCAUUGUUAUCAUAAACCAGUAACCUCUUGAGUGUAAAGUAGAGAGAGAUGCUAAACUCGAGUCAAUGUACCAAAUGUUACUCUCAGCACAAACACUAUGACACUAUGUACAGGAUGCGUUGUAGGUGUAAAUCGGCUAAAUGUCAUUAUCCAAAAGCACACUUUAUUAUUAUUAUUAUUAUUAUUAUUAUGAUCAUUAUUAUAAUUAUGAUAUGGGCACAUUACUAUGCAUGUAACAUAUUCAGGGCAUUUUGUGCUUUUAGUUUCUCAAUCAGCAAGAUGACUACUGGCACACCAAAACACUCAAGCACCUGCUAUCUAUUCAUGGGUACCAAAUAAUAAAAACUCUGGACCUGUCUGCACUGCUCUCCUC